GUGGAACUUUAUAACACUUACUCAUUGGAGCCUGUAGAACCCCCAGCCUUAACGUAUUGCAAGGGGGAGAGGACUGCGUCGCCAGGAUGGGGGUAGCGAGGUGGGCACAUCAGCAGCAGCAUGGCUCUCACAGACGACCUGCAGUCUAUAUCUGUUUCACUCUGGGUAUCCUUACCUUUCUCACACCGGCUGCAGCACAACUUGAUCAGCGUUUAUCCAACCCGGACAAUAUCAUAGUGGCCAAUCGCGGAAUUCGUGUGCCCUUUGGAAGAUCUGUAUUUCUGGACCCUGUACAGGAUCUGAUCAUACAAGUACAACCGGGAGAUACGUGUAUUCUGAGUGUUCUAGGCAACGACCCCUUAUCUCAGAGACCUGGAUCACUCACCCCUAAAAGAUUCCCUUGCGAUUUUGGCCCCGGAGAGGUGAAAUACACUCACAUGGGCUCCCGUAGCCCCUCCAGCGACAGAGUGAGACUCCAGCUCAAGUAUGACUCGCCCACCGACACUUUUAUUGUGCCUUUCGUACUGGAAGUGGAGGUGAUCUUCCAGCAAUUGGAAAUUGUGACCCGAAACCUGCCAUUGCUGGUGGAGAAGAUCCAUGGACUUAGUGUUCCCAUUGACAAGAAGGUUCUGGGCUUCUCCUACGAUCAUGCAAGGGAGUCUUGUAGGAUUACACCGCUCAUUGGAACAGGGGGGCUCCCAAGGUACGGUCAGUUACUCAGCUUACCUACUGACCAACAGCAGGGUACUGAUUGCCAAACUUUCACCACCUCUGACAUCCGUUAUCAGCACACUGCUCCCCAUAACUCCCCCAAUAGAGACUAUGUGCCCAUGCUGGUGGAACUCACUGAUGAAAAGGGAUCCUUAAAACAAGAACACUUCCAUGUCACCGUGAGGAUCAAGGAAGGAUCAGAAAACACCCCUCCACGCCCGAGCUUUGUGUCCAUGAUGAUGAUGGAAGUUGACCAAUUCGUCCUGACAGCCCUUACCUCUGAAAUGUUGGCAGCAGAGGACUUGGAGUCUGAUCCAGGGGACCUUAUCUUCAACCUCACAAGUUCUUUAGACCCGGAGACAUCUGGUUAUCUGAUCAGUACUGAUGAUCAAAAUUUGCCCAUUACUUCAUUCUUUCAGAGUGACCUUACUGAGCUGAGAAUUGCCUAUCAGCCCCCAGCAAGCGAGUCCUGGCAAGAAAGGAUCCUGCAGCUGGAGAUGCAGGUGAUGGACACUGAAGGUGCCACUUCGGAUCCAUUCGCCUUCAUGAUUGUGGUGAAACCCAUGAACACAUUGGCCCCACUAGCUACACGGAACACCGGUCUCUGGCUUCUGGAGGGCCAGUCACGCCCCCUGUCAGGGCCAGGUUCUGGUAUGAACAAUUUGGUUAUCAGCGAUGAGGACAACCUAGAUGAGGUGAAACUGAGUGUGGUGGAUGGUCUUAGACAUGGUCAGUUGUUUUUGGCACAACAGGGCACCAGUAGCCACAGUGCUCCCAAGGGCUUUACCUUUACACCUCACGAACUACACUCUGGCCUAGUGAUUUAUCAGCAUGAUGGCAGUGAUACCUACAGUGAUAAUAUUAUCCUUAGACUUGAUGAUGAAAGACAUAGAGUAGAAUUGCUCUACCCCAUUACUGUAUCUCCAACAGAUGAUGAACCUCCAGUGCUAAAUGCAAACACAGGUUUGACUUUGCCUGAAAAGAGUUUGGCUAUUAUCUCUCCCUUCAUGCUCAGUGCCACAGAUAUUGACUCCGAAGAUUCAACCAUCAUGUUUGUGCUACAGGAGCCCAAAAGCAAUAUUGGGGAGAUGGUGUUGAGGCAGCCAGAAGAACCAGAAGAUGAAGAAGGGUGGAUCUUCCUGCCUGAAGAAGGAGUGUAUGAGAAGGUGGUGAGUGAGUGGAACCAAAGAGACAUUCUGGAUGGUAGACUUUUUUACAAUCACAUUGGACCUCAUAGCCCUGAGACAAUUCUAGACAGGUUGCUGUUUGUGGUGCUGGAUGACAAUGAUCCACCAAACCAGUCUGGUGUCCAAGUAUUUACAGUGAGAGUGGAACCUGUAGAUGAUAUUCCACCAGAACCCUACCAGGGGACCACACUGAACAUGACUGUCAAGGAGUAUGAAGUGACCCCAUUCAAGAAGAAGCAUCUCCGUUACACCGAUCUGGACACAGAUGACAGAGUAUUAAAGUACACUUUGGUCAGCCAUCCCAGAGAUACAGACAUUAAUCACCAUGUCCUUACUGGGCAUAUAGUGCUUAGUGAUCACCCAGAUGUACAGGUGACAAAUUUCACUCAAGCCCAGAUCAACCACCACAAGAUCUCCUACAGACCUCCAGAGAAGGAGCUGGGAAUAGUCCCAAAAGUGUUGCAGUUCAACUAUACAGUAGAGGAUGCUUCAGGUAAUUCAGUCCAAGGGACAUUUACUAUCUAUUUACAACCUGUUGAUAACAAACCCCCUGUAAUCACCAAUAGUGGUUUUACUGUUCCAGAAAGGGGUUCAUUCACCCUUAGCAAAUCAGAACUGGAUGCCACAGAUCCAGAUACAGACACAAGCAGCAUUGUCUUCACUUUGUCUCAGGUGCCCCUACAUGGAGAACUGCAAUAUAAUGGGGUAGCCAUGGAGUUAGGAGAGUCAUUUAUCAUGUUAGAUAUAGUACAUGGUCGUGUUUCCUAUCUUCACAGUGGAGAUGAGUCCACCAGUGACUUAUGUUCCCUAGUGGUCAGUGAUGGGGUACACGAAGUACCAAUUACAAUCAGAAUUAAUGUGAAGCCUGUGGAUGAUGAAGCUCCCACCUUGAUGCUCCCAGGAGGUCUUUGGGGUUCCUCAAUAGAGGUCCUAGAAAGGGGGGAAACUGAGAUCACCAGCAAUGUCCUUCAGGGUACUGAUCCUGACACUGAUGAUCUUAUGCUUACUUUCAUCAUAGAAGAACCUCCUAAGUUGGGGGACAUAUUGGUCAAUGGUGUGCCAUCUGAAAGGUUCUCUCAGCAAGAUAUCCUGAACGGUGCAGUAGUCUAUGUCCACACCUCUGGUGAGGUAGGUCAGCAAAAGUUGCAUGAUAACUUCAAUUUAUCAAUUUCUGACCUUUCUAAUGAGUGGGUAAAUGGAGGCAACAAGGUUAAGGGCGUGAGAGUACAAGUCACCAUACUCCCCGUGGACAGCGAAGCACCUGUGAUGAAGUUAGAAGAACAAUUUUCUGUUCUUGAAGGCGGGAAAAACAUCAUAACUUCUGAACACCUUCAAGGAGAAGAUGUGGAUACCCCCAAAGAUGACAUUUUGUGCACAAUUAUUGUCCAGCCAACUUCAGGUUAUGUGGAAAAUAUCUCUCCAGCUCCAGGUUCUGAAAAGUCCAGAUCUGGAACCCCAAUCAGUGCCUUUUCAAUAAGAGAUAUCCAUCUGGCUCAUAUUUACUAUGUGCAGAGCAUUCAUCUUGGAGUGGAACCAUUAGAAGAUAGAUUUACUUUCAGCUGUUCAGAUGGAAUCAAUUUCUCUGAGAGACUCUUUUUUCCUAUUGUUAUCAUCCCGACCAAUGAUGAGAAACCAGAAAUAUUCACCCGGGAGUUUAUAGUCAUGGAAGGCAUGAGCUUGGUGAUUGAUACCCCUAUUCUCAAUGCUGGUGAUGCAGACCAGCCACCAGAUGAUCUUCUCUUCAUCAUUACAAAGCCACCAAAACAUGGUAGAGUAGUACAACAGCAAGCCUCUGGUAUAUUCCCAAUUUUGAACUUCACCUUGGAAGAGAUUAAAGAGAACUCUAACAUUGUCUAUGAGCAUGAUGACUCUGAAACCAAGGAGGAUAGUUUUGAAAUUCUCUUGACUGAUGGAGAACACAAGUUGGAAAAAAAUGUUCUCAUUAUGAUAAUUCCUGUAGAUGAUGAGACCCCAAGAAUGGCUAUUAACGAUGGUCUGGAGGUUGAAAUUGGAGAAUCAAAGUUAAUCACUAAUAAAGUCCUAAAAGCCACAGAUUUAGAUUCAGAUGACAAGACAUUGACUUAUAUAAUUCGAUAUGGCCCUGGCCAAGGAAUUUUGCAGCGUCUGAGCAAAGAUGGGGCUCAUUUAGGUAACAUCACUCUGGGUAUGAAUUUUACACAAGAUGAUAUUGAUAAUGGAUUCAUUCAAUAUACCCACACCGGGCAAGAAGGCAUCCGUGACCUUAUUAAGUUUGACAUUACUGAUGGGACAAACCCAUACAUUGACAGAUAUUUCUACAUAAAUAUUGGCAGCAUUGACAUUGUUUUCCCAGAUGUCAUCAACAAAGGAGUCACAUUAAAAGAAGGAGGGAGGGUGACACUAACUACAGACCUUCUUAGCACAAGUGACAUCAACAGUCCAGAUGAAAACCUGAGGUUCAGUAUUACAAGGGCUCCCAGUCGUGGUCAUCUGGAGAGCACAGAUGGGCCAGGAGUUCCCAUCACAUCUUUUACUCAACUCCAGCUGGCAGGAAACAAGAUAUACUAUAUACAUACUUCAGAAGAUGAGAUGAAGAUGGAUAGCUUUGAAUUUGAGGCUACUGAUGGCUAUAACCCAGUUUUCCGGACAUUUAGGAUCUCAAUUACAGAUGUGGACAACAAGAAGCCAGUCCUUACAAUUCAUGACCUACUGGCCAGUGAAGGAGAAAAUAAGCUCAUCACCCCCUUUGAGCUGACUGUAGAAGAUAGGGACACACCUGACAACCUGCUUCGGUUUACUAUCACCCAAGUGCCCAUUCACGGCAGAAUCAUGUUUAAUAGCAGCAAGCAAGUGAACACUUUCACUAAACAAGACUUAAACGAGAAUCUAAUUAGUUACAGACAUGAUGGGAGUGAUUCUCAUGAAGAUAGUUUUUCCUUCACUGUCACUGAUGGUACACACACAGAGUUUUAUAUAGUGCCCCAUACCUUUGAAACCAGGAAACCUCAACUAAUGAAGAUUCAGAUAAAUUCAGUUGACAAUGGAGUACCCCAAAUUAUUGUCAACAAGGGAGCACCAACUUUAAAAAGCCUCCCCUCUGGACACUUGGGAUUUAUGAUCACCAGUAAAUCUCUGAAGGCAGAAGAUAGAGACAGUCCACAUAAGCAACUCAAAUACAGAGUUAUUGAUGGUCCAAAACAUGGCUUUAUCAUGAACAUGGCUCAAGGCAACGACUCCAUCAAGACAUUCACUCAGGGUAAGUGUGUGUUAUUGACAUCAGAUAUUAUUUUUAAUCCAUCUCUCUUUUUCUCACUUAUAGCUCUCUUCCUUGCUCUCUACUCCCCUCUCUUUUCUAUAACCUUUAUGACCUUUCCUCUCUUUCUAUGCCCUCCAGUCAUAUGUAUUCAGUUCCUUGAAAGUUCUUCACAUUUUUAUGUAUUAACAGCUAAAGUUAUAAGUAAUAGCUUCACAAGUGGAAUAUUUUUUAAACACAUAUAUUAAAUCUUAAAAUGUUUAUUUUGUUUUUAUUAGGUGAUAUCGAUGAUUUGAAGAUCUGCUAUGUUCUAAAAGAGGGUGACAAUGUCACGAGUGAUAUAUUUCAUUUCUCAAUAGAAGACAUUGGUAAGUGUAUAUUUUAACAAGAUUUGCCAAACAGAAGCUAAUUAUAUUACACAGUCUUUAGUUUUAUUUUUUUUUAUUUUUUAUUUAUAUCCUUAGUAUUAAUAUCUAUUGGAUCAUUUCCAUAAUGCAUCAAUGCAUGAAACAUUUUGUACCACUUAUAUUUUCAGUUCACAUUGCUACAGACAUUGGGGUUUGUUCACUAAAUUGAGAGUUGUGGAUAAUUGACACAGUAAUUGUAAAUUGAGGUAAAAAAUAUUCUGCCCAACUGUUUGUUCAGUUGGGCUUCUUUUGCAUAAGAGUUGUAAUUUCUUGAUCAGUUUUAACAAUUUACAGUUUGGUGAAUAAGCUUCAUUGUCCAAUAUUUUCCAGUCAAAUUGAAAUUUCUGCUAAAAUUAUACAGGAAUGUAAAUUGUAAGAAAGGAAUGAACCAUGAUUCUAUAGCAAAUAAACUGGUCUAAUGACACAAUUUCCACUGACAUGUGUGGACAAGCACAAGGUUACAGAAUCACCUGAACUGCUGAAUGGAAGCAUGCUUCAAUGGUAGCAUGAGUAAAGAUGGAGAAAUACAAAUGUUGUUUUUUUGAGGGACAUAUUCCCAGCUACUAUUUUUAAAGGAACACUAUAUGGUCAGGAACACAAAUGUAUUCCUGACCCUAUAAUGUUAAAAACACAAUCUAGUUCCCUGGCCCUCAUACAUACAGUACAGUCUUUGUUUUAUUCCAGUUUGCUGCUGCUUGCUUUGCCCCUGAUUUGCCACCUUGGCUGACACUAUUACAAGUGUUGUCCAGAUCCAGCCACAAUGCUUUCUCAUAGGAAAGCAUUGGAUUGGCUGAGUCUUUCAAGGGUCAGAUCAGGGGCAGAGCCAGCACAAGCCAAACAGAGCCCUGGCCAAUCAGCAGCUCCUCAUAGAGAUACAUUGAGGAGUGACCAGUGGAGGUAUCCCUAGGCUGUAAUGUAAGCACCGCCUUUUCUCUGAAACAAACAGUGUUUACUGCAAAGUGCCUGCAGUGAAUGAUUAUACUCACCAGAACUAAUACAAUAAGCUGUAGUUGUUCUGAUGACUAUAUUGUCCCUUUAAAGAAACAUUUUAGUGUUAGAAAUACAAAGAUGUAUUCCUAACACUAACAUGUUCCUCAGCCCCCGCUGCUCCCCUCCACAUGUUGUAGAGGGUUAAAUAACCCUUUAAUCACUUACCCGAUUCUAGUGCCAGGUCGGGGCACCUCCUCUGACAUCAUUUAAUCGGGGGACCUAAUGUGCAUGCACUGUGAGUGACACAAGUGCAUAAGGCCUUAAUGCUUUCCUAUGGGCAUUUCUCUGAUGCUGGAUGUCCUCAUGCUGUCUGGCAUACAGCCACUAGAGGCAGUUCUAUUACUGCAAUAUAAACAUUGCAGUUUCUCAACAGCUGUAAUGUUUUGCAUUGCAGGACUAAGGGAGACAGGGACACUGCACCUAGACCACUUCCAGUGAGAUGAAGUGGUCUAGGUGCCUAUAGUGUUCCUUUAAAUGCUGUUUUUUUUUAUUUGUAUUUUAUUGAAUUUCCAUUCCCAGAAAUACAACUGUGUCAUAAUAUGAAAAUGAAAAGUGACAGAGGGUACCAACAUUGGUCCAUCUGUGAUACAUUAUCUUCAUCUGGGUGUUCAUAAUAUAAUAACAUGCUGUGUAUCUCGGUACCAUACAGUGAAGGGUUAACUUAUCCUUGGGACCUCUGUCCUGUUGUCCUGUCUAUUUGUAUGGGCUAUGACUGGGUGAUGUCUCUCUAUAUUCGGGCUAAGAGUCUAUUAUGGGUCAAGUCCUCUGAGAUGUGUGUGUGAAACUUUAUACAGUGUCCAACGUAUCUAACUUGCUGGUAUAUUACAAGUACUGGUCCUCCCUUGCUUGUUCGCUCGGGGACCUUUGUGACGGUCAGCUGCCUGCUGAUCUCGACUAUGUGCGUGGUGUGCCUGGGAGUCGCUGGUGGGCACGUGGCUUGGCCUUAAGGAUUUUUUUCAGGGUUGUGUUUGUCACCUGAAGUCGCUGUAGGAACGUCUCCUGGUCUCCGUCAGGGGGCAAUGUUAGUGUUUCCUCAGUCUACUAGCGGUUGGGCCUAACUGCCUUUUCGCUGCCAAUACAGCAAACGGGAGAUCAUUGUAUAUAGCUACCAUGCAGCCUUCAAAGUUCACAGUUUUCAGUUCUCUCAAAAGUGCCAUAAUGGCGGAGCUGGCCGCAACGUUCUUGGUAACUGCAAUUAUGCCUCUGUGUGCCUCUGCUGGGGCUGAGGCGGCUUUUCUGAUCCGGAAUGCGGUCAUCACCAUCUCCGAAGCAACUCCAAUUUUGGCCUCCAUGUGGGUCAGCAUGCGGUGCAGGAAGGGCAGGAGGUCAUCCCCUGUGAUCCGCUCCGGUACUCCUCUGAUGCGAACGUUUUUCCUCCGGUGUCUGGACUCUAGUACUGUCACAGUCUUGGACAGAUGUUGGACCUGUUGGGCCAGGCCUUGGAUCUCCUGCUGGGCAGUCCGCAGCUGUGUCUCCCUCUCUCCAUCUUUGGACUCCACCGCCGUGAGUCUAUUACCCAGGUUGCCAAUUUCCACCUGUGUCGCCCAUAGGUCUGCCUUCCAUAUUUGCCUCAUUUCAGUCAGGAGGCAUUUAAUGUCCCUCUUUGUUGCUGGCGCUGAGUCUGCAUCGGAGUCAGACUUACUGGUAGUGCCGCUCACUAGGGUAUUCCCCUUGGGCUGUUCCGCCUCACUCAUCCUCACUCUGCCUCUUUGGCGCCAUCUUGGGGGCUUCCCGCCGGGCUGGCCAGUCUAACAAAAGCCUGAUAUCAGGCAUUGUACGGGUCUCUGGUGCGUGUUUUUUUUUUUUUUACCCCAUUUGGUCAACUGUUUGGGGGUGGGUGUCUCGGUGGUCGUGGGAGCCGUUUAGGUAAGUUAAUCCCUCUUUAUUUGGGCCUCUGGUUCAGAGCUCCUCUCAAGCACGUCUUGCUUGCUACACAGUCGGUCACGUUCCCACCCCACCCCCCCCCUUUAAAUGCUGUUUAAUGAACUUACUCAGCUUUGUUACAUUGUCAAAUCUGAUUUAUACAUGGGAAAACUUAAGUAACCUUUACCUUAUCAGUGUAGGUGUAGUAAAACAUAAUCACAAAGCAUGAUGUAAACUUUGCAUUACUAAAACGGUUACUUGCCAACCUGAAUUUUAUUAAAUUAAAUCUGAAUGGCAAAAGUCAUAUUAAUAUAACCAACUUAUGAAUAUAGCCAAAUUAUUCCAAAUCAGCUCAUUUUAGCCUAAUUAAGAUUCAAGCCGUGAUUAAAUAUUUAUGGAUAAGCUCGUCAAGUGAUUAAAUAUUUUGAAAAACAUUUUAAAACUUUACCUAAAAAUAUUAAAUAAUUCGAAAAUAUUAUCCAAAAUAUUAAAUGAAGACCUUAAUUUAGUUAACACCAAAUCUAGUGGAUAACCAAAACUUAAAAACUUAAAGGCCCUCUCUUUUUUCUCCUACACUGUCAGGGUUAUUUACUUGGAUGCAGCUUAAGCAGAGUUUGCAAAUAUUAGGCAAAAAUAGCUGAACUGUCAAAAAUGUUCAAAUUGGCUAUUUUAACAGCUCAGCUCUUUUGGCUUAAAAUUUGAAAAUCUGGUCAAUUCCUAUCUAGUAAAAGACCCACGUGAGCAUAUGUAAAUUGUCCCUCUCAACAUCUGGUAAACACAGUUCACAUGAGCGUUUUAAUUUGGUUUUAUUCAAAGAUGUUACAAUAUAUUGUAGAUGUUGUCAUGAAAUAAGUUUAUGCGUUCCAUCUUGCUACUUUAUGUAAAACUGUUUUCAAUAAAUACUGAUAUAAGCAAAAGCCUAUCCCUCCCAAUACCUGGUACUCUUGCCUGCAGUGCAGAUAAUGAUAAAAUUCAUAUCAUCCCAUCAAAGCAAUCCAACUCCCGAUGGCAGCAAUAGGCUACAAACUCUGGGUUCUUGGUGCUCACAGUCUUUCAAUGGCAUUCAAGGUUAGACUGCCUUAGACGUAAAAUGUGGACUUGAAGUGUCUAUGUUAUCUGAACGGUAAGCAAGGAGCUUGGUUAAGAUGACUGUUACCCCGUGUUGUAUUUAAUAGCAACUAAUAUAAUGAGAGGGUAUGAAAUUAAGGCCUGCCAGCGAUGGCCACAUAGCCCCAAAAAAGAAUACUAGAGCACAAAUCCCCUGGACCUCUUCUAAGCAUUGACGGACAGGCAAAAAAAUGUUUACACAACCAGUGGGUGCUCCUACCUAAUUAAAAAGGUUUACUGCAGAAAUGCUUUCAUACAUUCUCCUGACAUCAGCCAGAAGGAGCUAGCUUCACCCACUGGGAGUGCAGACAUGCUGCGUCUUCAACUGGAUCACUACUAGAGAUCAGGGCUCCUGCCUCCUUGGCCCAAGGUAAGCCUCAGAUGGGGGAAUACACUUUAGUUUUUUUUUUUUUAAUAAAAAUGUUUUUUCCCCUAAAUACAGUAGUAAGUCAAUAUACUCUAACAAUAACCCCUGUAACCCACUAUAAUCCAUAUUCUCCCACUACAGCCCCAAACUGAACACAAAAAGCAGCCACCCCCAGACACACUACCCCACUAGCAGCAUUCCACAAACAUGCAACACCACAAGCAGCCUCUACACAUAUACACAGACACCCUCUGUCAAUACUGUCAUCAGUUAUCAUCCAAUUACCCAUCUAGUCACAUUCACAAUUUAAUCAUACUCCAAACUUGCUGUAUAAAUGCAUUGAAUCUUAUACUGUAAACUUUGUAAAUUUUGUGUAUAUUUAUAUAUAUAUAUAUAUAUAUAUAUAUAUAUAUGUAUAUAUACAAAGUCCUGGUUUCAUAUGCAAAUAUAUUUCCAGGCCAACUCCUGUGGCUUUGCACCCCUCCCUGUCACAGGUGCCUCAUUCCAAGACCCUAUUUCACCUUGACCUGCAGAGAGUCCCAGGAGGAAGUAUUUCCUAAGUAAGUGGAUUUGUCUCAUAAGAGCCAAAUUGGGGUACAUUAGCAUUGGGGCAGGCUUAUGCAAUGUAUGAUUAUAUACUAUAACUAAAUCCCCAUUAUUUUUGCAGAUGUUUAAAAAAAAUAUAUAUAUAUAAAAUGCUGUGAGCUUUGAAGUUGCUUUUUAAUAGAUGAGUGUGUGCAGUCUUGGGGCAGGAGAGUAAAUUCAGGCCUGUCUAUAUGUAGUAUUAGUUUGUGUGUGUAAUAAAUGUGCUUAGAUGUAUGUGGGAAGCACGGGCGUAGGAACCGGGGGAGAGGUGGUUCCUACGCCCGGGCCUCCCCCCCCCAAGCAGGGCUCGAUUGCCCACGAGGCAAACGAGGCAUAUGCCUUGUUAGCCUCAGUGCGGGCGGCUAGCUGAGCUCCAGGCGGGCAGCAAGGGAGCGCUGAUUUGUGAGCUCUCUCUGCUCAUCAUAUUCUGGCUCCAGGCAUCACUCUGCGGUGCGCCCUGGAACUCAGCUAGCCGCCCAACUGCCUGCACGCCUGCCUUCCUCCCUGCCCAAACAGCCCGGCCCCACUGGACCCUAGGUAACAAAUCCAUCCAGCUCUCCCUAAGGUAAGGAGACUGGGUGGAUUUAAAUUAAAAUAAAAUAAUCUGUGUGUGUUUGUGUGUGUGUCUGGCUAUGGCUGUCAGUGUGUGUGUGUGUGUGUGUGGGGGUGGGUGUGUGUGUGGGUGUGUGUGCGUGUAUCUGUCUGUCAGUGUGUCUGUGUGUGUGUGUCUGUGAGUGUGUGUGUCUGUCAGUAAAUGUGUGAGUGAAUGAGUGUGUGUGUGUCUGUCAGUGUGUCUGUCUGUCAGUGAGUCAGUGGGCCCCCUACCCACCAUACAGCCCCCCUGCCCACCUUACAGUCCCCCUACUCACCAUACAGCCCCCCUACCCACCUUACAGUCCCCCUACCCACCAUACAGCCCCCCUACCCCCACCCACCUCACUGCCCCCAACCCACCUCACAGUCCCACCCACCUUACAGUCACCCUACCCACUCACAGAACCCCUACCCACCUCACAGCCCCCCGCCAACCUUACACUCACAGUCCCCUUACCCACUUACAGUCCCCUUACCCACCAUUCAGCCCCCUACCCACCUUACAGAACUCCUACCCACUUCACAGCCCCCAUCCACCUCACAGUCCCCCUAUCCACUCACAGCCUCCCUACCCACCUUACAGAACACCUACCUACCCACAGUCCCCCUACCCACCUUGCAUAAGCCCUACCAACCUUACAGAACCGCUACCCACCUCACAGCCCCCCCACCAACCUUACAGUUACCCACCCACACAGCCCCCACCCACUCACAGUCCCCCUACCCAUCAUACAGCCCCCUACUCACCUUACAGAACCCCCACCCACCUCACAGUCCCCCUACCCACCUCACAGUCCCCCAUACACCAUACAGCCCCCAUACCUACCUUACAGAACCCCUACCCAUCUCAAAGCCCCCAUCCACCUCACAGUCCCCCUACCCACUCACAGCCCCCUACCCACCUUACAGAACCCCUACCCACCUCACAGUCCCCCUACCCACUCACAGUCCCCCAUACACCAUACAGCCCCCAUACCUGCCUUACAGAACCCCUACCCAUCUCACAGCCCUAAUCCACCUCACAGUCCCCCUACCCACACACAGCCCCCCUACCCACCUUACAGAACCCCUACCCACCUUACAAAUCCCCUACCUACUCACAGUCCCCCUACCCACCUUGCAUAACCCCUACCCACCUUACAGAACCCCUACCUACUUACAUUCCCCCUACCCACUCACAGUCCCCCUACCCACCUUACAUAACUCCUACCCACCUUAGAGAACCCCUACCCACCUCACUGCCCCCCUACCAAUUCACAGACCCCCUACCCACCUUACAGCAGUAGUGACAUGAGCACUUAAAUGAAGAGGCAUGAGACUUGGGAAAGGAAAGGACAUGGGCAUUAGAAACGAGGAGGGGACAUGUGGAUUUAGGGAAACUUAAAUUUAGGGAGAGGAGUGGACAUGUGGAAAUGAGGGGAUUUGAAGACUUAUGGAAAGGAGGGGCUCUGCAGAGGAGGGGAUAUGUGGACUUAAGAAUGGGAGAGCACAUUGGGAUUUGGAGACAGAAGGUUGGUAUAAGGACUUGGAAAGAAGAGGGAACAUAAGAACAAGGUUGGCGCCUCCUAUAGGCGACAUAGGCAGUCGCCUAGGGCACAACGGCCUGGGGGCACCAGAUUUAAGUGACCGGCAGGAUGGAAGUGCACAGCACUCCCUCCUGCCGGUCAGUCAAUGUAGUGUGGCCGGGCGGCGCUGACCAUGGUACAGGAGCUUCUGUUUCCUGUACCUGGCCGCAGGCGGACUGACAUCAAGAGCUCACUCAGUGAGCGCUUCCCUUUAGUCUGUCGGCGGCUGGGUACAUUAAACAGAAGUUCCUGUACUGCGGGACUGCCCUAUUUUAAGGAGUGGCAUGAGACAGGUCAGUGUUUUUAAUAUGCCAUCCCACUGAUAAGGAGAUGAUGGUGUUAAUGGAUGAACAGCCACUGGUUGUCAUUUUGUAGACGUGCACCCAUCGUGAAGGAAUUUGCUCACAUAUAUGGGGACUCCUAUAUUCUUUUUGUUACUUUAUACCGUGGUGAUUGUCUAGCAUGAUCUGGACAGCCAAAACAUUCCUUAACUCUCGCACUGCUGAGUGUUUUUAACUAUUUGCAGGCUGACUAAUAGCAUUGCCAGCAUGCAUAUUGUCCAGAUUUUAGUAAAUUCGCCUGCAGAAAUGUAGAUAAAUUUAUUUAGUGAGUUUAAAUAAGAGAAGUGCAAAUCUGGUUGAAUAAUCUUGUAGAAGAACAUUAAAUAUCUAUGUAGACAUAAUAGAAUCUAACAGUGUGUAUGUAACUAUUCAAACUACUGCACUUGGGAGGGUUAUUCACAAAACACAGAAUUGAGGUAAACUAAAACCCAAACUGGUUAAAAUAGCUAGUUUUCCAAACCAAUACGUUUUGCCACAAUUUACAGUUUGGUGUUAAAUUCACUACAAUUUAGAGAGUAAUGAAUAAACCCUGAUGUUUAAUAAAACCAUGGAUAUUGAACCAUUAGUGAACCUUUUAUCGACUGAUCAAUUACCUGCCCAAGACCAUAUUAAAAGAAACCAAAAUAAGAACUGAUAAUGAUCACCAGCAGAUUCCUAGAACCUUUCAUUUAAAAUAUUCUAAGAUACAAAUUAACAUGUAUUCAUUCUGCAGCAUUGUGCGAAGAACACAUGAUGUAGGUGGUAAUACAUGAUAAAAGAGGGUUGCACAUACCUCAGUAACCAUAUUUGGUAGUCAUGACUACUGUACUACUGAAAAGAUGAACUCUUGUGGCAAUUAGGCAAUCUGUAAAUCUUUUACAAGUUUCAAAUGGCCUGUGGCCGGAACGUUCUCGGACAGCAAUUAAACUUGCUGAAGCCAAUCCAGUAGGAAAGUAAUUGUCAGGAAAUGUGUACAUUACAGUUUUUACACCAUCUCCUUCAAUGCAGAACGGUAACUGAUACAGUUUACAGCACAGAUCAGGCUCUCGUACCUUUUGUUCUUUUGCUUUCUUUUUAGGAGAUAUGGAAUAUUUGGCUAAAUCUUUUGUAUGGAUUUAAAUGAUUGCCCAUUCUCUCUCUCACUGUGUUGCUCUGUAGUAUGCUAAAUGGUUGUUCAUAUUUAGAACAUAAAUUGUAAAAAAAGAACUGUGUAUUAUUUAAUGUGAUGCUGUUAAUAAAUCAAGGCAAGGAGAUUGACAUAGAACAUAGAGGGAGGGAAGGAUAGCUGUGUAUAGGAUUAAAUAAAUGAAGAAUAUGGUGACAUGCCAAGAAAUGUGGCAGAGAAACACAUAGAAGGAGGGGGAAAAGGAGAGUAGGAGAAAGCGAAAACUGGCAUGGAAGGAGAAUAUGGGGUGAAUAGAGGGAGAGAAAAAAAGGAAGGGGUCACUAGUAUUGAACUGACAUGGGUCACUAACAAAAUACUGGCUCCUUUCUGUUAGUCAAAGUUUAUUAUUUUGGUUAUAUAAAUAUAUAAUGAGUAUGCAUAUCUCUUAUCAAAUUAAAUGAUCUUCCUUUUAUUUUAGAAAGCAGAUCAUUUUCAGACUCUAAGAAAGAUGUCUCAGUUUAUGACUGCCCUUCAGUGCUGGAAGCUCCUUUCCACCAUAAAAGCCAAUAUUACCCAGGCAGCUGUUGAAAUUAUAAAGAGGGGAAAAUGAGCAAAGUCCUAUUUUCAUGUCUGGGAAGGAAAUUCCAAGACAUAGUGGAUGUAAGUUGUGGUCAAAUGCAGAGUGUGGCUGAGAGUGAUAAUAAUCACACCAUAGUAACCACAGCUUAUCCUGUGUCUAUUUAAGAAUAGAGAAAGAUCCAUGGUGGUCAAUCUGUAUAAUGCUACAUACCUGUGCUCUAGAGAUAGACGGAGAGUGUUGUGUUCUGAAAGUGGAACAAAGUUCUAAAACUGGAGUAAGCACUAAUGGAAUAUUCUGACGGAUUCCAUUGGUUUAUAUGUAAUUAUCCCACAAAUAGAACCUUACACCAGUCUGCACCAAGGAGACAACAUUUUAAUAAAUCACCCAUCCCUCAAGCUAUGUUGUAACCUGCACUAAUGAUACUCCCUUCAAAUGUACACUCCAAAAAUCCUACCUAAUACCUUUUAAAACUAGUAUAGUAAUGGUGUAAUGAUCAGAUUAAUACAGCACCAUAACAAUGUUAUUGUAAUAAUGUACAUUUUAAACUCGCAAAUUUUAUGGCAAACUACUAGGGGAAAUCAUAACCUAUGUUUACCUAGUGUAGGAAGGAAAAUAACUUGUCUACUGCAUCACUGAUUGCUACUAUGGAUAUUUCUAACAAGACGUUUUAUAAAAAAGACAAUUCAGGGAGAAAAUAAUUUCAUUGUUGGGCAGACUAGAUGGGCUGAAUGGUUCUUAUCUGCCGUCACAUUCUAUGUUUCUAUGUUUCAGGAAGCAGUUACAGACAUGAAUUAUUAGUAUGUAUUUUUUAAGAUAUAAAGAUAUAUGUGAAUUGAAAGAAUUUAUGGUAGUGACAAUGUUUACUUUAUAACAUUGAGUGUAGAAAUGUAAUAGACACUCAGAAAACACAGCAUUCCAAUACUUUUCUUUUCUCCUUAUGAUAUCAAAGGUAAACAUUGUCACAGCACCUGGGGGCCUCACCUAUUGUUUAGAGUUUGGAGAACCUUUGGCCCCAUGACAUUAGGUUUCAGCCUUGCCCUAGAGAUCUUUUCUUUCCUUCAUUCACUAUGUUUUGAAGACUGAUGUAUUCCGUACUUCAGAAAAAAAGGUUAAAGAUCAUUGGCAAAAUCCUUGUCAAAGAUCAGACACAUCCAGGAAUGUUGUGUCUUUUAAACUCAGAGACGUCAUUAGUAUUUAGCACUUUGCAGAAAGAUAAUGAUCCAAAAAGUGUUUUAUUUAUAGUUAUUAUAAUAAAACUAGUAGAAUACCAUUUCUAUUUAAUUAUACUUAAUAAGUAAAAUUACGUUAAUGACAACAGGAGAGAAAAGGGGAUUAGGAACAAAUUCUCAGGGGUGUAAAAAGAGAAUUGUAGAGAACUGCACAGUUAGAAAUAUAUUUCCAUUUGCUGAAAUUGAUUUAAAAAAUCUAGUAUUAAAAAAAGAAUUACAAAACUAAAAAGCAAUAGAAUUAUAUGUGUUACCCCCUAAGGAACUCUUGCAAUAAAGAUCACAUACCUUUUUUCAAGAUUACUUUUUCUGUAGAAAUACUUUAAAGGAAUAAGAGUACCCUAAAAACAUAAACCCCCCUUUUCCUCAGAAUACACAAUGAUGACAAGGUUUAGCAUUGAGAAGACAUGUCUGUAGCUGAACCCUUAUCAUUUCCACAUCUUCUAAAUUCCUACGUGAGGGCAGUAUCAGGGUCUCUAUCAACAAGAAAGGAGUAAGCAGAACACACAUUUUCCCUCAUCCAUUGCACAGCAAGAUACCAAAUAAAGGGGUCCUACAUUAUAAACAUCACAGUUCAUUGAAGUGAUGGCUAUGGGUCAUCCCCAUUUUGGGGGGCUCUCCCUAACAUUCAUAGACAGUUUUAUCGAUUCUCACAAUGAUGUAGAAGUAACAACAUUUCCGCAUUGUCAAGUGUGCACCAAUGUAAGCCCUAUAGAACAUUUUUUAAAACAGUUCUUCUUUGGCGCUGUAAUCAAACUGUGUUUCUAUGGUUUGAUAACUUAUCCUAUGUCCUGCCAGGCAUUAGUUGUCACAGCUUCUGUUUCUGUUUCAUGUCUUAGAGCAAUAGCUGAAUACUCUUGGCCAAUGAGUACAGUUCUGGUUAAGCCAUGCUUUAUUCCGUGGAAACAUCUGGCUUAUGUAUAUGUGUUCAGGUACCCAGUUAAGUGUCAGUAGUGGUUAUGGUGCUUGAAGGACUAGCAAUUUGUCAAAAAUAACAAUUUGUGAAAAAUUUGUUAGUCUGGUUACUGAACAAAAGUAGUUAUGUCAGGAGAUAAAUGUAUAUUUAGUUUGUCUGUUAAUUAAAACCCAAAAGCUUUUUCUUUUGCGCUUCUGAAUGAACCUAUGUUCCUCUCUUUUACUUUCAUCUCAUUCUACUUUUGUUACAGAACCUCAAAUUUCAAAUUGUGUAGAAGGUCUAGCUUAAGCAAGCACUUAGUAACACUCAUACUAAAUUACAAAAACCAAAAGAGAAGUUAAUCUCUUUUAAAUCUCAGUUUACUAUGUGAUCAAGAAAACUUUACUUGUUCAACUGUUUGAGUACUGUUUGAGUGCCAUUGACUGGUCAGGUAGAAUUGCUAAAAAAAAACAAAAAAAAAACAUGUUUUAGAUUAAGAGUCUGAGACUGAUUGCCGCUGAAAAAGAGAUAUAGAAAUGUCUAGCCAGUAGGCUGCUACAAAUGGCAGACCUCAACCCUUGGUUUGUCAUUUACAAAUAAGAAUGCACAAUAGCAAAAUGCAUUUAUAAUUUUAACCAGACUUGUGACAAAUUCACUAGAAAAUGCAUGGAGACUCUGCCUUGGUAAGUCCCAAUACAAGUUUACAAAAUGUAGAAUUGGCCCCAAUUAAUUAAAGUGUUUAUUUAAUUAAUACAAUGUUAUUGCUUUGUAAGCAUGCUUUAACCCCUUAAGGACACAUGACAUGUCUGACAUGUCAUGAUUCCCUUUUAUUCCAGAAGUUUGGUUAAGGGUUAUUGCUAUCCUAAUUGAGAUGUUAGGCUGAUUUUUAUUGCUGAUUAUCUUUGCUUUUAAUCUUCUACAUUAGUAUUGCAGCUAUUCAAUUACCAGACAUAUCCAACCUGUAAAGUAGUGCUUGAUUUGCUAAUUAUAUUUACAUUAGAUAUAGGUGAGAUAUACUCAUGUCUGCAUUUUUGAUGUCUACCUGUUUGGAGUACAGUACAAACAGUAACGUUUCUCACCAAUAAAAAUAAAGGCAAUGUUUUCUGAGUCUCCAAAGGACAAAUUAUUAACCAAUUAACAUUGUUCUCAUCAGUGAGCAGAUGUUUAUGUGUAAUAGGUAAUAGCCCCAACGGCACGGUUUUGUGCACUCGAGUUUCCCUUCCUGUAAUUUACUGAAUCUUUGAAGUCGUAAGUGGAGCUAUACCUAAUUUAACAAAACAAUAUAAUGUAUAAAUGUGUUAUUUAUAUGAUAUUGCUGUGUCACACAGUGCUUUCUUAGUAGCACAAUCAGUAAAAUCCUUAAGAAGUUUACACUGUAAGCCUUAGAAUUAAAGAGCACAUACACAUCCCUUCUACUGUACAGAUACAUAGUUCUGAAAGUGCGCAUUGUCUUGUCCAAACAUGCCUGACUAAUAAUGCAUUUAAAUCACUAGCCAUGAAUUAUCUGCUGAUACAAACAUGGAUCUGGCAUGUUGGUAUGAAGCCGCACAUGUGGGAACUUUUGUCCUAUCAUUUAUCAGCUUUAUGCCUCCAAUGUGUAUGUGAAUUCUGAAAGUUUUCAAAGAUUCAAUAAUGUAAAAAAACAAACAAGAUUCCCCUAGCUGAGCUUGGAUUGUUAAUAGAUCAUCCAUAUAAAGGCAUUGAAAUAUUAUACAAGUAAUAUGUCCUUCCUAUGAAGAUAAAAUAGAGGACUAAUUUAAAUGCGCAAAGUGCAAGUUAAAGCUCGUUUUGAAAAACAUGCGCAACUUACAAAUUUGUUGCACAUUUUAAGAUAGAUCAUAAAAAGGUGUUAUUAAAUUAUCAGAAGUAAAGUGCACAUUUUUUUUUUAAGAUUGUAAGUUAUCAAGAUCAGCUUACAUUACUGCAGAUGGCUGUUUCCUUAGUGCACUAUAUCAAGAUGGCUGAAAUUGGGUUACUUGUUUUAAUGAAAACUUUUUAUAUUUUUUUUUAAUGACUUGAAUGACUUUUUUAAUGACUUUUUAAUUUUUUAUUUUUAAUGACCAACCUCUAGAUAUAUAUUUUUUUAAUGACUUGAAUGACUUUUUUAAUGACUUUUUGAUCUUCAUUUUUAAUGAACAACCUCUAGAUAACUCUGUUUCGCAGAGCCCUAUAGAGCUUCUCACCUCAUUACUUACCUAUUACUGUGGGGUUUCAGCAGAUUCUUGUCAUAAUUUAGAAAUGGUAAAAUGUUUGAUCAAACUUGAAAAGUUUGUGUUUUUUUUUUUUAUUUCUGUUUGUCUUGGGUUUUUGGCAAUAGAUUUUAAACCAUGAAAUUGGAUAUUAGAGUUAAUCUGUGCUGGGUGCAGUGCCCUGCUUUGUCUUGCUUGUAAUCUCAUUGUCAAUCAGGAUUUGCAAUACCAAACCAAAAAAGGGUCUUGUCAAAAUUGUAAUUGGGUAGUCACACACACUGUCUGUUCUGUAACACUGAUAAUCAUUCAGUCAAUAUUUAUGUAUUUAUUUAAAAUGUGUUUUACCAAAAGCAUGCCCUGAGAACUCUCUUAUUUUAUUUUUAUUAUUUGGAUUUAGACAUCUUUACCUAUGUGUACCCUAUGAUUUUUUAAUUAUUUAAUUUCCAGUUAGUUGCACAAAUGUUGUUCAUCAUACCUCAAAGAAACAUUUGUACAUCACUUAUUCCACUGGUUAUGUUUGUUAGUGUUUGUUACUUGAACAUUGAAAUGAAGGAGAAUAUGAAAUUAACCAAAAAUGCUUAUUUCUUUAUAUCAUUAUUUUGAGGCUGUUUAAGAUAUUUCCACCUUUUAGUCUAUUGUUGUCAGUUUUAUGUCAGAAGGUAGACUGCCUUGAACAAAAUAUUUUUUUGUUUUAAAGGAAUGCCUUUGUACUUCGUGUUCUGGAAAUUAAUCUAUAGUACGGAUGUUUUAGUUUGUGUCUGUAAAUAAGUUGUUUAAUCGCUGCUUGAAAAGAAAGCAGUGAUACACAGAGGACAAGUUUUAAAGUUCUUUUUGUAAUGACAAUGUAACACGUUGAAAUUUCACACGUUGACCAAAUAUUUCUUUGCAUUAUUGAGAUUUUCGAACGGUGACCAAAUGUUUCUUGGCAAUAUAAAUAUUACAUAUGAAAAUACGAUUUGAUUGAUGAUUUCAACUGAAAAUUAAAAGUAUGGGGUCUCUCAGGGGGACUCAAUACCCAUCGUUAAAGGAACUCUCCAAGCACCAUUGAAGUCUACUUAAGUAAUUAUGGUGCUAGGUGUGCUUGGUGCCAUCCCAUUCUAUGUAAUCAAACUGUGUUUCUAUGGUUUGAUAACUUACCCAAUGUCCUGCCAGGCAUUAGUUGUCACAGCUUCUGUUUCUGUUUCAUGGCUUAGAGCAAUAGCUGAAUACUCUUGGCCAAUGAGUACAGUUCUGGUUAAGCCAUGCUUUAUUCCGUGGAAACAUCUGGCUUAUGUAUAUGUGUUCAGGUACCCAGUUAAGUGUCAGUAGUGGUUAUGGUGCUUGAAGUGUUAAUUUAAAGCAGAACUACCACUAUCCUAGAACUACCACUAUCCUAGCAACCACUAAGAAAGUGCUUACUGGGAUGAGUAUUGCAGCAGAUUCGGGAUCACAGUAGCCCCAGUGCAGCAGAAAGUAUGUUUUGGACUACUUUCUUUUCAAGAAUGUUAUGUAAGAAGCUAACUUAAAUUGUAGAACAGUUGCCAUUUUUAUCAUAUAUUUAAGACACUCUUAGUGUAAAACACAUCAGGUCCAGUAAAACUUUCGCAUAAACAUUUUGCUUGCUGUGCAUGGCUUAUCACAGGACAGCGACAUCAUAUGCAGAAUUAUUUUUUUUUUUUAAAGUCUUAUCUUCCUGUCAUUUUAAUUAGUGAAAGACAAUUGGCUUGGAGUUCAUUAGCAUUUCAAAUUGAUUCCAUACCCCCGUCAAGCUGAUGUAAAGAUUUUAUUUUUUUCGAACUUUAAGAAGAUUAUUUCACCACAGGCCACCCAAGGUUGACUUACUAGAAAUAAUUAGGCAUAAAUAUAAUUGGUUCUGAAGCUGCAUUGGGAACUUGGUGUUCCAAGCAGAAUGUAUAAGUUUCUGCUUGACAUUGUAAAGACUAUUCAUUCCCAUGUGAAUUCUCAAACAUUUUUUCUCACAGUUUCGAUUGCAAGACAGAACGGUGACUGUGUUAUGUAAUAUCGCACAAAAUGCUAUUGUCAGUAAAGUCCAGUUUAGUGGGGCUAUAAAAUAAUUACCACUGGGUUGUCUUUUACAUUUUAUUAAGAAUUCUAAUACUUCUUGCCUUUCUUUUUAUAGGAUCACAAGUAUAGGCAUAAAUACUAUAUUCUUAAACUUGAAGUAUGAUAAAUUGCAAAUAAGAUAAAAGCACUUUGUUCACACUGAUCAAAUAUUCCCUAACAAUCCAUUGUUAUUGUGUGCGUAACAGUAUGGGCAGAAGAGUGUGUGUGUGUAUGUAUGUGUGUGUAUGUAUAUGUGUGUGUGUGUGUGUGUCAUUCUGGCCCCAGUCCUCUCUCCUCUCUUUCAUCUCUACUGGAGACCACUGUGAGAAGUCAGAGGGGGCUGUGUAAUGCAGAGAUCUGUGUUGGUAGGUGCUUACUUUCCCUAAUGGGAAAUCCAUCCCCGUCCACUAGCCUAAUUGCUAUGUCAUGUCCCAUACUUGGAUCACUGAAUAUAGUCCCUCCAUUAGAGUUUCCCAAACAUCCCAAUACAAAACUCACAAAUCAUCCCCCUACUGCAUACUCCAUAAAUGCCAUAUUCUGACAAAUUUAUAUCCAAUCCCAUAUUCCCAAUUCACCUCCCAAAGCCAUUCCCAUAUAAGUUUGUUUUUAAUUUGCCCUAUGCCUUCAAGGUUACAGCAUUCUUCUUAUGGACCAAACCACCAAGGGAACCCAUUCGUGGUUGCGCCACCGAUAUGUCCCACAUAUUUGUUUUAUAUACUUUACAAGACUUCAUACUUUGAACUAGAGAGAGAGCCUGAAAACAGUUAGCCAUAUUUGUAUUUAUCAUGUCCUCAUGGCCAAGAAGGAUGAGCUAACCAUGAUGCUGCUAUGUCUUAAUAAAUAAAAGUCUAUAACAAGCCAUAGCAGAAUGUUUCCCUAGUGAUUUACAAUCAGGGUUAUUCACUGAACUCAAAAUUGUCGGGAAGGCAUUCCAAAUGACAAAAAUGAGGCAAAAUAUAGUUUUGUCAAAUUCAAAGUUUUUAGAAAUUCAGAAUUUAGUGAAAAACCCUCUUGUGCGGUGUUAAAGGCAAACAUACAGUAUUUAAUAUAAAAUAAUAGAGCAGUUUGGAGAUUUUCUAAAGUCACCUGUUUUGAACUCAUAUUUGCAUGUCAUUUGUCAGUUCAGCACAACAUGCAUAUUGGUGAAUAGCCUCCUGAGAUCAUUCUUCUCCAGUCUCCUCAAAUGUGACAGAUCUCCAUGGUGUUCUGCAUCGUGAUGUUCAAGAUUAGGAGAUAGAGAAACAAGUAUGAUAACUAAAAAAAAAAAAAAAAAAGCUCUGUAACUUUUUGGGGUGUUUGCAUAUUUUGCAAAGACCCCAGUUGGUGACUACUCAGCUUCCAUUUUGGUGACCCGGGGGUUCAGGGGAAUGUAUUUUUUUUUUAUCUUGCACAUGGACUUAGACAGCGCCUUUUACCCUUAGUUGUAGCUCUACCUUUUUAUCAAGCUUGUGUCACACAUAGAAAAAAUACAUAAGUAUUUCCUACUUUGUCUUAUGAUAUAUUUUGACUGCCUAGGAAGUUCAGAAAAAAUUUCAACAUGAACAUUUUAGCUGCUUUGUCAUCGACAUUAGUGCUCAUUAAUGUUACAAUUUCAAUGAUAUUUUCAAACAUUAAUAAUACUAACCAAUUCAACUCUAUUCAUCCCCAAUUAUUACUAUGAUGGCACCAAGAAACCUUUAAGAAAGUGUAAACAGUUUGCAGAAUUUGGUCUUACUGACCGUAAUAUGUUGUAGACAUCUCUAAAAUAUACUUUGGGCAACAUGGCAUACAAAGAAUGCAGACACACAUUCAGCAAAUAUUAGUCCUGGAGCCAGCUAUCGAAGCACAGAAAGCAGUAAGCCAAUGGAGACUCUAUCACUUACCAUGUGCUCACCCCAAAGACUAAUUAUAACCAACACAUGCUGCAAUCGCUUGCUAUAGUAACAUUAUCAGUGACACUCAUGCAGUUUAUUUAUAUCAGGAGCCAAGUGAUAUAAUCUUUCUUUCCUAAAACAAAUGUGAGGAAAGUAUUACAUUUACUACCAAUGAUAUUCAGUUUCCCGACAGUGAAAGUGCUUUAUUGAAAGUUCAUUAAGUACUGUAUUACAAUAGCCAUUGUCAGAAUGAAAUUAGUGUAGAGUGGUUACUGGAAGCAGCCAUCUUGCUUUUCAUGGCACUUGCAUUACAAUGAGAAAUUAACUGAGCAUUCUCUGCUGAGCUUGCAUAAUAUUAUGAGCAACACCCUCGGCACGUCUGGUAUGUCAAACUUACCUUAUUACACUUACAUUUAAGGUUCAUUUACCCAGUUUACAGCGUUGCAGAAUAUGAUGGCGCUUUCUAAACAAUUAUAAUAAUAAUAAUUCCAGGAUUUUGAAUUACAUUACAAGCAAAUUAUUGCAUUGUUAGGUAAAAUGUAAUUCCUAUCUACAAGAUUGAAUCAAAAAGAACAGUAGCAAAAUAUUUUAUUGGUAGUUUUACAUUUUUAAAUAUAAUUUUAUAUAAUUCUUUAUGACAUGUUUUGAACUCAGAAAUAAUAACAGUCCUUAAGCACUUGGCCACCUAUUGCAUUAUUUAAAAAUACCUCUAACUACUUCCCCCAACCCAAAAACCGAAAUAAAAUUGAACUCUUACCUUGAAUGAUUUCUUCGAAAAGGGAUCAUAACCUUUAGGAAACCUAAAAAAUAAAAACGAAAUAUAAAAAAAGCCCUUAAAGGGACACUCCACCAUGGAAAUAAAAAAAAAACACGUAAAAGUAACAGGUCCAGUUGUCUGAUUGACCGCCAGGGGUGUAACAAGGUUCAUUUUUAAAAGGGCCAAUUUCUAUUGCAAUCUGCACUUUUUGUAAAAUAAAAAUCGAGGACACAUGCUUCACACAUAAAGCACUUUAGCUUAGUCUGAAUAAUGUAUAGUCUAUAAUUUCCUUCUUCCUCUCUUUGCUAAUACAUCAGUGCAAAUAUGAGACCCAUCUAUAAUGAAUAUAAAUUGAUCAAAUGACAAAUAAAUAGUCCCAAAUCUGAAGCAGGAGAGUAGAUGCCAGUGGAAUCAUUGAAUUGAAUAACAUGCUUUUAUAAGAUAGUGGAAGCCACCCUUCUUGCCUUGGUUUCAGAUACUGAGAAGUGUGUGUAGGGGGAAGGAGAAACAAUAUUUUAUAACUGGAGUCAUUUAGUGAGUGCUUGCAUUAUAGUUGACCCCCGAAGAUCAUUUUGGGAUAAUGAUGUAAUUUGUAACAAUAUGUUAUGAUCCCUCUUGAUAUAAAUUAUUCAAGGUAAGGAUUACAUUUUAUUUCAAUUUUUGGGUUGGGGGCAGUGGUUACAGGUAGUUUUAAAUAAUGCAAUAGGUGGCCAAGUGCUUAAGGACUGUUAUUUUUGCUGAGCUCAAAAACAUGUAAUAAAGCAUUUUAAAGGAAAUUAUAUAAAAUUAUAUAAAAAAUAUGUUUGAAGUGCUUUUAAGAAGAAAUAUAUAUUGUGUAUAGACCUAUUAAAAAACACAGUCACAUUCUUAUUCUGUGGUAUUGAGAACAGAAAUACAGAGAUAAAUGACAGCUUCUUAGCAUCCUCAUUAACUGUAACAGUUUUCUGAAGCAUUUUCCAUUAUUCUUGCAAUCGACGUUAGCAGUCUCCACUAAUACUGGGGCUGAUUUGGCAAGACUGUGCUUGCCACUCCAUAGAUUCUAUCCUUCAGGGUAAACAUUGUAAAACAACAUAGGUAAAAAGGUACAUCGGGCUAUGACAACUAAUGCAAUGUAUAUAGGACACUUCUGAAAUGUCAUUAAUAUAACACAAUACUUCUCUCAAUGCAUAACUCAUCAUCCUCUAACCUCAAACAUGGGCGGUCUAGGAAACGUUGUUAGAAUGCAUAGUGACACACAGAGCACAGGUUUGUAAAAUAUACUGUAAGAGAAGAAAGGUGUCUUUUAUGGGAAAUAUAUAUACUUAAGCCAUCAUAAUAAUUCAUGUUUUUAUUCCUAAUGCUUGCUAUAAUUGUUUUGUUAACAAUUAAACGGAGUGAGAGCAAACUGUCUAAAAAAAUAAAAAUGAGCUUGAAUAGUCUAUUAACUAAACACCAAGUUGUGGUGACUGGAGAACAGAGUUGCUCAGUGAAGUACAAAUAAUACAAUUUGAGAAAUCUAAACUAGAUCACCACUAAUUCAGAUAGGGUGAGAAGUAAAAGUGAAUUUAAACUUACAAAUUUAAGGCCAAAGUAGCCAAACUGAAAGCCUAACUGACUUAUUUAACCACUUAAGGACCAAACUUCUGGAAUAAAAGGGAAUCAUGACAUGUCACACAUGUCAUGUGUCCUUAAGGGGUUAAACAAUUUUGACCUUAAAUUCAAAUCUCACAUUGAAUUCUCAGAGAAUAACCCCGAGAUUGUUUCUAAAUGAGCUCAAAUUGUGAAGUCCAAUAUCUCCCUGUUCUGUGAGUUGACACCAUAACUAUUCUGGGUAAAGGAGCAGUUUUAUAUGGAUUAUUUUGCUUUAGUGACACAGUUUUGUAUCAUGGAAAAAUUAUUGUUUAAUGGAUUAGGAACAGUAUAAUUAACUACCUUAUAAUUUAGCACUCUUCUAUUGAUGUAGAUAAUGGAGAUAUCUUGUUAAAGACAGUGCAGUCUUUACACAGUAACAAAUGGUGCUGCAAUUAAAUUGCAAAUGACACCGUGUGAAAUACAUCUAUCUCCAUAGCUGAUUAUUUAUUGCUUAUUCAGACACCAUGUGCUAUCUCAGUCUCUAGAUAUAAAGUCGUGCUUAGAGGUGAUAUGUCCCAAUUAGACACGCUGCAUUCCUCUUAUCUGAAUGAAUAAAUGUAUUUUAUAUAUUCUCUUGAUUCUAUCUAAAGCAAGGGUGUCCAAAAGGUAGAGCCCCCGAUGUUGCAAAACUACAACUCCCAUGCUGCUUAGCAUUCAUUUAGAAUACCUUUCAAAUGAUAAAGCAUCAUGGAAACUGUAGUUUUAAAACAUCUUGGAAUCUACCCUUUGGGCAUCCCUGAACCCCUUAAAAAAUACAGAAACAAUCAGCCACUAUCUUGGUAUUUUGUGUAAAAGCUUUGAGAAUGAAAUCGAGUCUCUGUGAAGUUGGUAGGGAUUAUUGUCCAAAUCUGGCACGAUGGAGAAUUGACAAAGGAUUUUUCCAGUUCAGCUAUUUUUGCAGAAAAUCUGCAACUCGUUUGUCAGAUCUCCACAAUACAAAGCUUAAGAAUAUUCUCCAUAUUAUUUUUACGUUUUAAUAUGUAAAGUUCUAAACCGAUAUAUAUAUAUAUGUGUGUGUAUUUACCAGUGCUAUGAACAUACUGCAUUUCUAUAUCUGUUUUUAUUUCAGGUGGCAAUAAAUUAAGGAAUCAACCAUUCCGCCUCAAUUGGGCUUGGAUUUCUCUGGAAAGACAUCAUUACACUGUUGAUGAAGACUCAAAGUUCCUGGAAGUGACUCUUAGACGCAGAGGGUACCUUGGAGAGACUUCAUUUAUCAGUAAGUAAAUAUGACAACUGAUUUCUAUAAGUUAUUCAGUCAAGUCAGCGGUAUUUUAAUAAAAUAACUACAUUAAUUACAGCAUGUUAUUGAAGAGUUAUAUACGUGUUCCACAUUGCUUUGUUUUGCUUUGCAUAUUUGAAAUAUAUUGACACAUAUUUACAUAAUUAUGCUACUUACAUAAGUCAAACACACACCGCGUGAUACACAGUUCAAUCAAAAUACUUGGAUUCCCACUGGAGAAUGAAGAAAUAAGGAUGGAGAGGAGAGGGGAAUAAGUGAAUCCGGUUUCUUUCUUCAGGAAGCCGGCCAGCAUGUCUCCCCAUCAUGCAUCAGCUCGACAGCAGAUGGUGUCAUAGACCAGAGAAAAAGAGAGAGGAAAUGGAGGAGCUCUACUUCCGCUGAAGCCACACUUCAAGAGAACGAAGAGCACUUAAUCUUUUACCCCUCAAAGCGACUUGCUCAACCCCAUAUCAAAACCAAGUAUUUCAUAAACAUGGAAUUUUUGUGAAAUACUUAGAUUGACUGUGCUGGGAUUUGUAGGGACUACAUUGUCUCAGUAUUUUUCUCUUCUUAACAAAGCUUGAAAACGGGGCAGUUACCUUUUUUCAAGCUUGUAAUUUACCCCAGCCAUCUUAUUUCUAUGGAGGACUUGUGGUCUUGUGGGAUCCUUCAAAGACCUCAAUGCUGUACUCUCAUGCAUGGCGCAAGAGUACAUCGCUGACUUUGAAAGAGGACCAGCAGAAAGAGGAUGGCGGCAUCUGUAAUGGCCAGAUUCAGGUGAGUACAUUUUACCGUCUCCUGCCCCCAUGGCUACUGGACUCCUGGCGGCGAUAUCACCAUCGGAGAUAUUUGCAAUUUAUGACAGACAGUGACAGAGCAGUUUUAUUUCACAAAAUUAGGCAAUCUCAGUGCAUUCUAGGUAUUAAUUAUUGUAGAUGACAUCAUCUAUUUGAAUUGCGGGGUAUGAAAAUACCAUCUACCCAUUAUGUAGAAUUGUUGUGGGAGAAGCAUGGACAAAUUAUUUUUUAUAUAAGACUGCAAGAUUCUAUUUUUAAGGUGACUGCAGAAUAUAUAAAUCAGUUUUGUGUUCCCUUCCCAGGAUUUUUAAUAUUAUGCAUACUUAGCUCAACAUUUAAUAAACAUGUAUCUGUGCGGUAAUUUGCAAGUCUUACCCUGACUUUGCCUUGUAUUAACUGUAUUGUGCAGCAAUUUGCUACAGUUUUAAUACAAAUUUAAAGGAAAGCAAAAGUAUCAUCAUGAAAAAAGUUCACACAUGUUCUAGGUCAGGGGUAGGCAACCUAUGCCAUAUCUUUUCCCGGCACUCAAGGCUGCUGGAACCAAACAGGCUCUGGCCUAUCAGGAGUCCCAGUGAAACUUCAGAUAUCUGCUAAUACGAAAAGGUGGUGAAGGACAAUCCUCAAUUUAUGCAUUGCAGAACGUAGAGGAAGUGAUCUUAGAUCACUUCCUCCCAGCACUUGUGAAUGGGAAUCCUGUUGCAGCUCCUGUGAUUGACCUGUACCUGGCCAGCCUGGUCCCCACUGGAGCCCAGGGAAGCCACCCACACUGUUAGAUAUACACAGAAAUGCAGAAUAACCCUCCCCUCAUACAAAUAAUACGAACAGCCCACCCACACACAUACACACAAUCUGCACUAACGCAACACAACUAACAAUCCACAUGCACACAACCCCACAUGCAGUCUCUUACAUUCAAUACCUGAAGCAGCCCCACACAUAUGCACACCACCAAACACACUAUGUGACAUUUUCAUCCACACACAAUUCCACAAGCAGCCCCCAUACACAGCCCACAUUCAUAGGGACACGAAACCACAAACUACUCAUGAACAUAUACAAUAUAAUAGCUCAUAUACACACAAAUACAACAAAACAAAGCAACUGCAGUAUCAGUAACACAAGCAGAAUACGGCAACAUACACACCUCAAGUUAAACAAAUUGCUAUGGGACAUCACAAUCCUAUUUUGGCACAGUGCUGCUAAAAGGUUGCCUACCCCUGUUCUGUGUGAUUGUCAAUGUUUUAUUCAAUUGUAUAAAUUCCCCAGUUCCCCUUUAAGGUUCAAUAUUCCCUAUUCUACGGUUUCUAAAACAUUGACAUUUGUAUUAAUGGCAUUGAAUAAAAUAUAUUUGUUUAUGGCUUUAAUAGCUUUUUUUUUUUAAAUCGUUCUAAUACACAUUUAUAACCACAGUUAGACCUAACACUGAUCUGCUUCCGCACUUCAGAGAAUUACAAGUUCAUUAGAGUAUCAUAUUUUUCCAUUAGCAGGUAAAAGAACAAAACUUGACAAGUCUUUUUUAUCCUCUUACAAGAGUGGUAAAGUGUUUUAUUGUCUCCAGUGUCAAGGUCCCGUAAGUUCACAUAAUCAGUUUUAGUUUUCCUAACAGUGAACUGCAAUUCAAUACUAAAAGGAAAUCCACAAUAAUGUGUAGAUUUCCUGAUGACAUCCAGUAAUGUGUUUGGGAUCUUUGUAGCAGCUUACUUUUGCCCACUUUAUUAGGUGCAUAUUUUCAUACUGGAUACUUUGAGCAGGAUAUUGAUCAGGAUAUAGUUCCAUCAAAAUGACAUUGAAUUCAGUUUACUUCUACACAGUCCACAGCUUUACAUGCAAAUAUAGGGCUUUAAUAUAAAUAUAUAAGUUAAUAUUAUUUAGCAGGGAUUUAAAUCCCUAAUGAAUGAUUCCAGCACAUUGUUGAAUAAAUAUUAGUAGAAUUAUGAAAUUAGCUACGUGUCCCUAAAAAAGUAUACAUUGAGAAAAAUACAACACCUUACUAGUUUUUGGGAUGGUACAGUGACCUGAUUUCCCUCAUGGAAAUUAUCAUAAUAUAUCUAUAAAACAGACAAAUGAAACCAACUUAAUGUUUCAUUUUUUUUGUAAAUGAGUUACUUAGUUCUGCAUAUGAUACUCUCCAAAAUAAAAGGACCACCCUACUCCAUACACUAGUUGCAUAGUUAAUUUAAAAGGACACUCUAGGCACCCAGACCACUUCAUCUCAUCAAAGUGGUCUGAGGACAGUGUCCCUGUCCCCUUUACUAUGCAAUGAUUCACACAGAGUUUAACUCUGUGAAAUGAUGCUGGAUAUCCUCGCACUUUGCGUCAGGACAUCCAAUAUCUUACAAAUCCCCCUAAAUUCAAUCAAUGCUUUCCUGGGGGAGGCCUUAUACCUGUGCACAGAGAAGUCACAGGAGAAGGAGGAGGAAAGUGAAAGAUGGGGUUUUUAACCCUUUCAUGGCAGUGGUAGGCACAGAGGCACGGGGGCACUAUAGUGUCACCAAAUCAUAUUUGUUGUUUGUUUAUAUAAUUUAUUUCUCCUUUGCUGUGGUUUACCAUUUUAUUAUUAAAUUGUUUUUCAUUUUUUCAAUUUAUUUUAAGGUAUUACCACAAAAGAUGGCACGGCUCUCAAAGAAAAAGAUUUUAAAGGGAAAGCACAGAAACAGGUUCAGUUCAAUCCUGGGCAGACAACAGCAACAUGGAAAGUGAGAAUUAUCGCAGACAAUGAAUACGAAAAAUCAGAAACUUUUCAAAUACUCUUAUCUGAGCCGGUCAUGGCUGCGCUAGAGUACCCUAGAGAAGCCACUGUUGAUAUUGUUGACCCUGGUGAUGGUAUGUAUUUGUCAUUAUUAGAACAUUUUUGAAAGGGAACAAGACAUUAAACAACAAUAAUGAUUUAAUAAAAUAUGAAUUCUGCAUGCAUUCACAACAUAUAUAUUACCUCUUUAUCUCAGCCUCAUGCAUGAAGGCAGAAUAAAACUAAAGAUAAAAGUAUUUUUAAGAAAAAGCAACACUAGAACAAGGGCUAGUAAUUUCACAUUGGAGGGUAAGAGGUUGAAGGGCAAUGUGCAAUGGUAGCAGCAGCAAUAGAACAUCGGAGAUCGGGCUGUGGGCUCCUCUGAGGGUCCCUGGUUUUAAUUAUACUACUUGAAAACAUUUUGAGGAAAUGACAUAAUGCAUCUAUGGUGCCUAGACUACCCAUUUCAAUUUACACCAGAAAAAAGCAAAGUGUGGUUGAUCCAUCAAAUAGGCUUCAAGUGGAGCUGGUGGAGACAAAGAUUGUGAGGAUUUGUAAAAAAAAAAAAAAAAAUGCCUGUGAAAUACACUAGGAUAUCCAAAAAAUGAAUACAUUUUGCACUUCUCAUUUUGGCUAGCUUGUGGGGCUUUUGGUUUUUAUCCAUCAUCAAAGCCUGUGUUUCUAUCAAAAAUAUCACAACGUUUCUUCUGAAACAACAUACUUUAAGAGUUGUGUAUAAAUAUUGAAAUAUUUUUGUGUAUGUCUUACACAGAAUCCACUGUAUACAUACCACAAGCAGAAUAUAAAAUUGAGGAAGACAUUGGUGAGUUAUUAGUCCCAAUUAAAAGAUCAGGGGACCUCAGUGAAGAACUUAUGGUUGUUUGCUCAACACAUCAAGGUAAGCCUACAAAGCAUGCCAUUGUUAUUUUUUAAUAUCACAUUUACUGAUUUCAUUAUGUAUUGUAUUUGAAACACAAAUAGGUGCAAUAAACUCUAGCAUUCUGCAAAAUUUGACAUGAGUUCUCAACACACUUGCUAACAAUGGCACUUUAAAUCAUACUGGUAGUUAAGGGUCAUAUUUCUCUACCACAAAUAAAUAUAUUUUAAAUAUAUAUAUAUAUAUAUAUAUAUAUAUGUAUAAAAAAAUUUGAGGUCCUUUUUGACCUCAUUAAAACUGGGUAGUGCCCCAAGGUGAGUCCCAUGCCUUCCUUGCAUCUUAUAAAAUGUCAUUUGGAUGGUAAUAUAUAAGUAUAUAAGGUAUGUACCUUUUUCACAUAUUUUCUGAAAUGGGAAACUAUGAAAGGCUUAGAGCUUCAGCAGACUUUUUCAGCCUAUCACCAGUACCCAGUACUAGGCUUCCUUACUGAAGCCUCAGACUUGGUUGGAAGACGGGUGACAAGACUGUUCACCAUUUGUGAACAGUUUAAUCCAGUGUUGGCACUCUUCACCUCCAAGCACGAUAUCAAGUUUGUCACAAUAAAGUUUUAUAGUAUCCAGAGUGUCCCUUUAUGUCAUUGCUGAAUGUCUGGUGACAUUAUCAUAUAAUUUUUAGAUUGUCACCAUAUUUUUUCCUGAUAAGCCCUUAAGGACCACAUUUUAUACUUUCUGUUAUGACAACCUGGCCCAUAAAGGUUUUAUGCCAGAAUGGAAUGUCUUGUUUAUUUAGCUUCAAAGAACCAAUCAACUAUAGAUGAUGUUGAAAAAGUUGGUGCAAAAUGGAAUGCAUUACAACUUUAUUCUAAAAGAAACAUUCUAAAUGUUAUAGGCUGCACACGCUGAGAGAGGCAUAGCCUAGCUCUCACAGCUUAUCAAGGUCGUUGAUAUCUGCAUGAAUUUAUACUACAUUAAACAUCCGUAUUAUGGCGGCUGUAGCAAGGGAUGAGGGCUGGGUAUUUGUCAAAGAAUGCAAUAUAAUCCAGAAAUGCUGCACCCAAAAACUGCUUGCACUAUAACAGCAAGGCCUAGUAGUUAUGGAGCAUCUAGUUACCCUUUAAAGGACAGAUUGUAUAUCAAUAUAGAACGUCAUUAAUUGGCUUCAAACAUGCAAAUAAUUUAAAAAUUAAAAUAAAAUUAAACUUUUGUUUUACUUUUUGAACAAAUAUUUUUCUGGUUUGAUAAUUACAUUCUAGGCAGGUGAAGGAACCGUUUUGGGAAUGGGUCACAUGUUGUGGGGAAAUGGCAAUCCUUGUUUUGGUUUAAGUUUCAUGGUUGGUGAUUCUGCAGCUGUUGACCAAGAUAAAAGCAUUGUAAAGUGUGCUCCCUCUCAGAAGAGAUUAGGAUAAGUUGCUAUUAUAGACUUUUGCAAUAGCAAUUUUCCCAAGGACUUCGAAAAGAGCAUUGUUAAUGACUUUCAUUUCGUUUGUGCCUCCAUUGUUCAUAAUCUUUAAUAACAGCUGUCUACAGGAAAGAAUCCAAUAACAGGAAAGAUUAGAUCUCUCAUUUAAACUCUUAUACAAAGCAGUCGGUGUAUGUUAGAAUACCCUUAUUCCUUCUUUUAAAAUAUACAAUAAACCAAAUGGUCUAUAGUUUACAUCUUACUAGGCUUGGUACAGGUUAAUAAGCUGGAGCUAUGUCUCAUUUGGGUUUAAGGAAAAUCUGAAUUUCUUGUACAUCUCACGUGUCCACUUAACACUUUCCUCAUUUAAUUCCUAUAUACCUGCUUCUCACCUCACCUCACCUGCUUUUUUUUGAUAUUAUGGAUAUUAAUGUCAAUACUUAAUAGGAACAAAUUUAGCCAGAUUUUAGAUUUUCUCCUUAACAAUUAAACAAAGAAGAAAAAACAGAAAAUUAUUCUAAGUGUGGUUUCGAUUUAACCACUGUCCGUCACAAAUAGGUUUGGCACUUCAGUUCUUUGGCAGCAGGUAAUUGUAUUGAAUAUAGCCUUCAGACAGAAAACUGGUUCUUCAACAUGUACGUCAGGGGUACCUAAAAAGUAGAUCCCCAGAUGUUUUAAAGCUACAGCUUCCAUGAUGUUUUGUCAUUCUAAAGGCAUGCUCUACAACAUUUGGGGAUCUACCUUUUUGGGCAUCCUUGAUGAAUGCUCUUCAUACAAAGGAAAAUAAAUUAUACCAGCAUUAAAUAUUACAUGGAAAAAGUACAGCCUAACUCUCAUUACAAUGGCUGCACAGGUUGAAUAACUUUACAGUAGGCUCAUUUCUUCAUGAAUGUAAGCAGAGUUAUGAAGAGCUAAUUAUAUUACUGUGUAACUGUUAGUGAGAUCUUACUAUAACUAACUUUAAGCAUGAUAUUAGGCCAUGACUCUGCAAAUGAGAAUGAAGGUGUAUAAUGGGUUUGACCUCUCUUCUUUCAGAUUUUAUAGAGAAAUUAGACUUGUUAUAAGAUAAAGCAUUUUGCUUGUUUUUUUUUCUUAGUUUGUAAUUGAACUAUUCUGUUAAUAAUAUUAAUUAAAAAAUACAUUUGUAUUUUUUUUUUUUAAAUCACAUUGAUAUAUUCCUGAAAUUAUUCUACAUGAAUCCAUGGAAAUGCAUUUCUGCUUGUUUAUAUAUUGUUCUGCAUCUAAAAAUGUAUUAUCACAUGUCUGAUAAUACAAAACGUCCCUAAACAAUAUAUCAAGCGCAACUCUUUUAUUUUAGCACUUUACGAAAAAUACUAAAAAAGUUGUUACUUAAUCUAACUGCAUAAUCUAACUCUGAUCCUACCCUACAUCCCCAUUCAGAUGAAAAGAGAACAUGGCAGUUUUCUUUAUGUCUUUUCUAGAAUCUGCGUUUUAAAGUAUUCAGUUCCAUUCUAUCUCCCGUGCAUGUUCACUAAACUUUAAAGGUCAGACGAGUUUUAGAAGUCAAAGGACAUUGUCCUUCUUUUCAAGGUUUCCCGGAUUCCCCAGGAUUAUAUAUUUUAUUUUAAUCCUCUGUUGUGGUUUGCAGGGCAUCUUUAAAAGCCAGAGUGAAUUUCUGGGGGAACUCAAUGGAACUGAGCUUUAAAGCAAUUUUAGAAAAUCGUAUCUAUUUUUGUCAUACUUGAAAUACAAAAUUCUGACUGGUAAAAAAAAAAAAAAAAAAUGUGCAGUAAAAAUAAAUAAAAUAAAUAAAAAAAAUACAUAGCUACUCUAAUAGUUUUUAAAUAUUUUCUGUAAUUUUCAGUCAUUUGGUCUCCAUUAUUUUUUGUCUAAUGUGACACUGGCUGACAAGCAUUGAGUUUAUUUAGAUGAACUGUAGUAUUUGCAGUAUUGGUCCCCACCUGGUUAAGAAGAAGAAAACUUGACAUUUGUUUUAUUUUAUGUUUGUUUUCCUACUAGCAGCUCAAUGCUCCAGCAUUAUGUUUUUACAACACUCUUGAGAUAGCUUAGAUUUUAGCGGCCACCUUGUUGGUUGCUGGCAGUUUCAUAUAGCCUUUAAAUAAUGAUUCUAUGAUAGGUAAAGUUUUUCAUCUAAAAAAGUAUCCUGUUGUGCUAGCAAUAAGCAUUCUCUUAAAUAAACCUUAUACUGCCGUGCAUUAUUUCAGUAAAAGAGUGUGUUCUUGAAUUUUCUUACUAGCUGUAGCUAAGAGCAUGUAAAUUUGGUAUAAGAGAUUGGAAGUAGGAACUAUAAGGCUAUUUUAUUCCCAUGAUGUAAACACUUUGCAAGUAAUGCAGAGGCAGUAAUAUGAGUACAGAUCUUGUUAAAGAGGAGCCUGCUAUGAACACCUGAAUAUUGGCCAUCUGAGGAUACUACUUCUCUCUCUACGCUACCACUUGUGACCUUGGUAGAUUUCUCUAUGCACAAUAAAAACUCUGAAUUGUUGUCUUCUAAUAACUUUAUGUGUUUUCUAUAUUAAUGUUCUAUGUAAUUUUCUCAAAUCUGUUAUUAUAGGUGAAUUUUUUAUUUUUUUAAUGUGUCAUGUAGGUUCUGCCACUGGAACAGUUCCAUCGUCAGUUUUGUCCUAUUCUGACUACAUUACCCGUACAGAUGAUCCGACCAGCAUAAUUCGUUUCGACAAAGAUGAGACUGAAAAAAAUUGCCGUGUAAUCAUCAUAGAUGACUCGCUCUAUGAGGAAGAUGAGAUAUUCAAUGUCACACUAAGCAUGCCCAUGGGUGGAAAAGUAGGAUCUGAAUUCUCCACUGCUAAAGUGGUUAUUCUGGCCGACACUGAUGAUGGUAAGAAAUCGCCUAUUAUUGAAUAGCAGGUCUCACGUUGUUUGGAUAGAGAAGACGUUAUUUAUAGAACAGUUUUGCAGAGUUUUAAAAUUGGGAAGUUAUCAUAGAAACGUGAAUGUUAAUGAGACCAUGUUAAAUAAAUAAGAAGCCAUUGCCCUUACGUAUAAUAAAUUAUUAAUUUUACUUGUUACUUGAUUUACUUUGCAUUAUAGUAUUGUAUUAUACCCAGGAUUGUAUAAAAUGUGCUGUUUUACAUCUUUCCAACUCAUUGUACACCCAAGUGUUUAGGAGUUAAGGUUUCUGUUAAUGCAGCACUAGCCACACCUCCCCUGACUGUGACUGACACAGCCUGCAUUUGAAAAAAAAAAUGGUUUAAUUCUCAAUCAGAUGUUAACUUGAUUAGAAGUUUAUCUCCUGCUCUGUAAAUUGAACUAAAAUCCCACACAGAAAGCUCAUGCAAGGUAUAGCAAACUAUUAACAGAGCAGGAGAUAAGAAAUCCAAAUUAAACAGACAAUACAAUAAAGGAUGUGUAAACAUUAGAUCUCACUUUACAGGAAUUAUUUAGGAAGGCUUUGAAAGUAACAUGCAGAGAGGUGUGGCUAGGGCAGAAUGAACAAAGUGAUUUAAGUUCUAAAUGGCAGAGAAAUAAUCAAUGAGACUCAGGACCAGCGCUACCAAUAGUCGAAUAAGACAUUCGCCUAGGGCGCUGGCCUGUUGGGGGCACCCACCAAGAGGUUUCCUGGUGGGCUGCCCUGGCUGCUGCUGUGCUGGAUGAGCAGCUCCUUAGUUAUCCCCAGCACAGCCAUUUAUCUGCUGGGCUCCUUACCUCACCUCCCGGGAAGAGCACUCUGCUUGCUGCAGGCAGGGGUAGCCGGAACAUCACUUGUUAUCCCAGCUGCCCCCUGCCUGUGAACACUGGAAACACUCUGCAGGAAGUAAGGAGCAGUCUGUGCUCAGAGUGCAAGGUUCUCCUGCUCCCCCAGCAGAAACAGGAACACUUCUUGCAGACUGGACCCCUCUCCUCCAUUCACAUCACUUAGGACCAUUUGGAGGUUAGGAGAAAUUAUUAUUUUACAUAAUUGUAAAUUGGUGUGUCUGUGUGUACUGAAUUGCUAUGUGUGUAAAUAAAGUGUGACUUUAGGUAAAGUGGUGUGAGUUUGUGCUUGAGUGGCAGUAUGUGUGUUAGUAACUGUGUAACUGACACUGUGUAUGACAAUGAGAAUGUGUGUGUGUGUGUGUGUGUGUGUGCUAGUGAGUGUGUAAGUGACACUGUGUAUGUCAGUGAGAGUGAGUGUGUAGAUGACACUGUAUGUGAGUGAGAGUGUGUGUUAGUGAGUGUGUUUAAAUGACACUGUGUAUGUCAGUGAGAGUGUGUGUGUUAGUGAGUGUGUAGGUGACUAUGAGUAAGAGUGUGUGUGUUAGUGACACUGUGUAUGUGAGUGAGAGUAUGUGUGUUAGUGAGAGUGUGUAAGUGACACUGUGUAUGUGAUUGAGAGUGUGUGUGGUAGUGGAAGUGUGUUAGUGACACUGUUUAUGUCAGUGAGAGUGUGUGUUUUAGUGAAAGUGUGUAAGUGACUCUGUGUAUGUCUGUGAGAGUGUAUGUGUAAGUGAAAGUGUGUAAGUCACACGGUGUAUGUCAGUGAGAGUGUGUGUGUGUGUGUUAGUGAGAGUGUGUAAGUGACACUGUGUAUGUCAGUGAUAAGGUGUGUGUGUGUUAGUGAGAAUGUGUAAGUAAUACUGUGUAUGUCAGUGAGUGUGUGCUAGUUAGUGCGUAAGUGACACUAUGUGUAUACAUCAGUGAGAGUGUAAGUGUUAGUGAGAAUGUGUAAGUGAUACUGUGUAUGUCAGUGAGUGUGUGCUAGUUAGUGCGUAAGUGACACUGUGUGUAUACGUCAGUAUACGAGAGUGUGACAGUAUGUGCAUGUCAACGAGAAUGUGUGUGCUAGUGUGUGUGUUACCAUGUAAAGAGAUUCUUAUAUAUUAAAGUAUAUUUAUAAUAUAUAUUAAUAUAAUUCUAUAUUAAAAUGAAAACAAUUCUACUUAAACUUCACAUGAAUUGAAUCCUACCAUUAUUAUAAAGUAAAUCUCACCAAAUGCAUUGAUGUAUGUACUAGGCAGUAUAAGUCUAUGGAUAUAAAUAUUAAGCAGUAUGUGUGUAUGGAUAUAUGUAUUGGGCAGUAUGUGUCUAUUGAUGUAUGCAUUAGGCAGUAUGUGUGUAUGCAUGUAUGUAUUGGGCACUAUGAGUGUAUGUAUUAGACAGUGUGUGUAUGUAUGGGGAAGUGUGUGUGUAUCUUCACUGCAAUUCAGAAUUUAGUCAAUAAACCUCUGAGAGAAUGUACUUGCAUUUAUGAGGGGGCGUCAAAAUGCAUUGUUGCCUAGGACGGCAAGAAUCAUUGCACCGGCCCUGAUGAGACUGCAAGGGCAUGAUCUGUAUGACAAAAGUGCUUGAUUAAGCUAAAGUUGUUUUGGUGUAUGUGUGUGUGAGUGUUUGAUGUGUAUGAAUAUAUUUGUGUGCGUGUAUUUGUGUGAAAUGUUUGAUGUGCUUGGAUGCAUAUUUUUUAUAUUUUAUUUUAUUAUUUUUGUUUAGUGUUUAAAGGAGUGUUCCUUUAAAGAGAAUGUGUGAAUGUAUAAAAAACGUGUGCCUUGUUACCUCUCCUCUCUCCUACUUUGAGCUCAAGUCUCGCCAUUCUGAGUAAAUAAAUCUGUUAUUACAAUUAUUGCUGAGUUGAAGAGUGCAUAGUUUCUACACAUAUUUUAUGAAAGGGACAGUAUGUUCACCAUGCGUAUAGGUAUUGUAUUACCAACUGAACUCAAUUAUUAACAGCCAAGCUACAAAUAAAGAAUUUAUGUGUAUUCAAAUAUUGUAAUGGUUUAAACAAAGAAUAUUUUCUUCUACGUUUUAGUAAUACUUAAUCAAUUACCAUGACCAUGAUCUGAACAAUAAGAAGUCUUAAUUCAUAUAGUUGAUCACAUUUUUAUUUUGAAAGGAAGGUACAGGAUCCUAUGCCAAAUACCAGAAAGUGCAUUAAUCACAAAUAACAUGUUUUUAAAUAUCAACUUGUAAAAGUUAAUUGAGUGUUCACUGUAUUGUUUUGUUAGGGAGACUAUUUUGUAAAUGUAUAAAAAAAUAUUAUUUAAAUUGUAUAUUUUAAAUGAAGAGAGAUCAAACAAAUUGAAAAGAUCUGAUUUUAGGAAAUAGCUGACACACGGAAGCAGAUUAAAGCUCUGCUGUCAUAUUUAACUUGCUUUGAGAACAGGAAGAGGACAAAAAGAUUUAGGAUUACCAUUCAAAUAAAAGACUGAUUUCUCUCUGAGAAACCUGAAGAACUAAUGUUAUGUUUCAUUGGUGAAAUGUAAAAUCCACUUAGCAGGACAGGAACUCCUUCAGAUGGAAUCAGCUUCCCAUGGCAAGCUCAGGGCUCAAGUCUUAAUGUCAUUACAGAACUGGAAAUAAGAUCAUGCUGUUAUUAUGUGAUAUUGUCUUUCCCAACUUUGAAUUUCCAUCAGAUUAUUCAUUUAUAUCAGGCUGGAUUAAUAUAAAACAAAGGCAUUUUCUCUAACAAGCCUAGUCAGCUCUCCAUCGGGGAAUGUUAAGGGGCCUGGCCAAGCAGGAGGGCUCACAGGCCAAUAGAAGAGAAACACCUUGAGACCUGCAUUGUUUGUUUUAGGGAGUGGAGCUCAGGAUUUCUGAUGAAUGAGGGGGGCAGUGGCAGUCUGGCACGGGGGGCAAGGAACCAUAAAGGACUGCCAAUCAUAACUGCAGAUUGCCAUUAAGCAUAGAUAAGAUAAUUUGUUCCAUCCAUGUUGUGCUGAUGAAAAUAAUGUCAACAAAGUAUCACAACAUUGUUCUAUAAUAUGUUUAAUAUAAAUACUGAUUUCUUCCUUAUGUCUUAAGAGUGCUAAGUCUACUUUACUACAUGAAAUUUAUUAACAGAGAGCAUUUGCAAGUCUUCUGAACGUGAAAUUUAUUGUAUAACCUCUGAUACGCAUAUAAGAUCAUUGAUCAUACUACCUGUUUGCAUAAAUUGUUUUACAUUUUUAAUUUUUCUUCUUUUUUUCAUAAAAAAAUUAUCAAAUUAGAAGUAUAUUGCUUAUAGUUAGUAGACUUGUGCACUGCAAAAAAAUUAGUUUUGGUCAAAUUUUUUUUCCCCAAAAUUAAUUUUUUUUUCGGUAUGACCAAAUUUUUGCCAUGUAAUGGUUUGGCCUGGCAGAAUUUCACUAAUGAACAUAUGAUAUGGAAAACGAAUCUGGCGAAUGUGUUUUUUAUUUUACAGUACACUAAUAGGAGUAUAUUCCCAUCAUUUGGUUCACAGAUCAAGUGAGAAAUAGUAACCAAUAGAAGGGAAAAGAGGAGGAACAGUUAAAAAAAGAAAUCAAUAUUUAUUCUGCUUUUCCUUUUUUCCCUGUCUUGGUAACCUCUCACUUUGGUUUUAUGGUUUGUCUGAACAUUUCCCUGAAUCUUUUUUUCCAUGGACAAUAUUCGGUAAGAAUGAACUGUGACAUGAACAAGCGUCCCACAUCCUGAAACAAAUGUCAGUUUUGCGGAAUAUGAUUUGGCAGAACAAGCCUUUCCUGAUGUGCAAAAGUCUAGUGUUUUUUGUUGUUUGCUUAUUAAGUGUGUACUAAGUGCAGUUAACUGCCAAUGUAAGCUAUCUUAGUACCCUCAGUAAACAUGUUCAAAAAGAAACACAGACAUGUAGAACAAUUUUGUUGAGUUAUGUUGAUCCAAUGCUUUUCUUUUUUUUUUACCCUUUUUUGUGUAAGUUAGCCAGAGUGUUUUGAUUUGAAUUUGAAUGUUAAUAAGAUACUAUAGGCACCCAGACAACUUAAUCUCUACAGUGAGGGCAGGAAUGGUAGUGUUUACAUUGCAGGCUUUAAAUGUCUCUAGUGGCUGUCACUCUGUCAUCCACUAGAGUCACUUCCAAGGAAAUGGUCUCAUAGACACAAUCUGAUUGGUGCAACUCAGAAAUUUUCCGCACAUGCUCACUAGCCUCCCAAUGCUUUCCUAUGGGAAAUCAUAGGAUUGGCUGUGAUCACUGAUCUUGAUGAUCCCAGUCAAGGAGGCAGGCCUUCCUCACAGAGACCAGAGUAGCAAGGGCUGAAAGGUAAGUAAAACUCACACUUCAAGCACUCAUACGGUGGGAGGAAGAGGGGGGGACAUUAAUACAGUUAAAUAAAAACUAUAGCAUUAUUAAUACAUGUUCCUUUAAGAUUUUUUGCCUAAUUGAGACAUUUUGUGAAUUGGGAGCUACUGGUGCUCUCAGCAUAUUAGCAUCUCCCAAUUUUAGCCUUCCUGAUUGAAGCCUCGGACUGUGGUGGAAAUCGCUUGGCAGAGGUAUCAGAUAGGGAAUUAAAGACAUAAAGACAUUGGGGUUAAACCGUUUGUACAUGAGCUAAUCCCUUGAGCUAAGCUGAUGUCUGGGGAUCACCUUAUUAACAACUUAAUUCCGAUUAAGUUACUAUUGUCCAGGAGUUAUUAUAUAAAUAUGUUCAUACAUCAAAACAAUAUCAAAAUAUUACAAAAUUAAAAUAGCAUUCAUGCAAUUAACAUGUAUUCCUGACCCUGUAGUGUUAAAACCACCAUCUAGCCCUCCUGCCCCCUCCUCCCACUUGCCUCCUUAAAUAUAGUAAAAUCUUACUUGUAUUAAGAUCUGCAGCUGCUGGCUCUACCCCUGUCUGCCUUUGACCUGCCUGCUGUCUGCUGACAUCAUCAGAAGUGGUGGUCUGAGCCAAUCACAACAAUGCUUCCCCACAGGAUUGGCUAAGACUGUCAAGGAGGCAGAUCAGGGGCAGAACCAGCACAAGUCAAACAAAGCCCUGGCCAAUCAGCAUCUCCUCAUAGAGAUGAAUUGAAUCAAUGCAUCUCUAUGAGGAAACUUCAGUAUCUGCAUGCAGAUGGUGGAGACACUGAAUGACUGUGCUGCUCACUGUGUAGCGCUGGCCCAGAGAGCACCUCUUAGCAGCUAUCUGAGGAGUGGCCAGUGAAGUUAUCACUAGGCUGUAAUGUAAACACUGUUUUUUCGUCCGGGAAGGGAAUGCUUAUACUCGCCAGAACAAAUGCAAUAAGCUGUUCUGGUGACUAUAGUGUCCCUUUAAAUAAUUCUAAAAGUUAGCCUAAAAUCUUUUGAAAAGCAUAUCCAACAAUACUAAAUCGAAGCCUAAGUCAGCUUAUCGAUAACUUAUUUUAACAUAUAUAAAACUAACUUAGCUUUCGGUUGAAAAAGCUUCAUUAUCCAGUUUUUAUUUCUAGCACACUUGUCUUCUGAUUCAGAGCACUGCUACUUUCAGAAACAUAAGAAAAUAUCAAUUCAUACUGUGCAAUAAGAUUACAGUAAACCUAAUGUUUGUUAAAGUCCAGGUUUAUAGAAGAUAAUCAUAGCCCACUGCUUAACACAAGGGAUGCCAAGUAUAAUAAUAUUGUAAAUAUAUCCCCAGUCUUCAAAUACCAGAUGCUAAGAAAUCAAUGAUGUGUACUAAGUCCUUAGUAUACAUAUUUUUUCUUUAAAUAUUUUACAGAUUAUUGUCAUUUUGUAUAUUAACAAUUAGUGAGCAGAAUGUAUUUGCAGUCAGAAAUCUGAUAGACUUCUAUUUCACACCCGGGAAUAAAUUAGUAAUUACAAUAAUUUUUGAAGGACAUUGUUCAUAAGCCCAUUACAUGUUAAAUAUCCGAAGAGCAUUGCAUUUCACAGAACAAAGUUAAAAUACUUUUCUUUUUAUUUUGGCACGUUUACAUUUUGUAUUGUAUGUCUUGACAGAAUAGAAUUUUCAGAGAUUCUGUUAAGUUUGGAAUUAAAUGCAAUAAUGUGGUUAUUUUAUGUCAUUUAGUUUACAGAUAGCAGACAUUGCAUAAAAGAGAGUUAGAUAUAAAAGUAAAAAGCUCAAUGUGUGUGUCUUUGUAAGUACAUUUUCGAUAUAAAGUCCAACAGAUGAAGCAAUAAAAGCAGUCAUUGUAUAUUAAUGGAACUUUUUCUUUGGUGAGUAGGGUGGAACCCCUUUGCCUUGUGUUUUUUUUCUUGCUAAUUAUAGCAUAUAGCAAAGAAUAUCUUUUUUGAAUGACAGGUUGUAGGAUAUUUUUCCUCGUUUAUAUACUAUUAGUUUUACAUGGCAAAACAUGUAAUAUCUAGAAAAAAAGAAGAAAACUACAAAAUAGUUAAGUACUUUUAAAAUUUAGGCUGGAUCUUCAGAAAAACUAGAAAAGUGCUGUUAUCUUGAAGAUGGGACUUUGCUUUUCACAGAACGUAGUAUUGUAGACAGUUUGUUUAUUCAAUAUAAGUUGUAUGUGACACUUAACUUUAAAUGAUCCCCACUGUAACUGUUUACUAAGCAGCAAUCUGCCCAUCAUGUCCUCACUGUAUGAAUAGGCCAGACUCUGGCACUCGAUUUGAAAUGAAUCCGUUUUAGUUAAUUUGGUUACAGGUUUAUUCUAAAUGUAGUUAUUCUGAUAAAAUGUUUAUUGAUUCUGGAUCAUCAGGGUCUCUGCAUGCAAAUAACCCUAUCAAUUCAGUGGUAAAAACCUCUUGGCGUGAAGCUAUCUUAAAACAGUAUGGUGGUUGUGCAUACCCUGCAGUAUCAAAAUAUAUAUUAUACACAUAUUUUCAAGAAGAGUUCAGAAUACAUAAGCUUCGUCUUUUAAAAAAUUGUCAAUAUUUUUUCUCACAGAACCAGCUUUCUAUUUUGCUGAUAGCAAUUAUAAUGUCGAUGAAAGUGCUGGAUAUGUAGAAGUUCGCAUCUGGAGAACUGGAACUGAUCUUUCCAAAGCAGCCACAGUCACAGUACAGUCCAAAAAAGCAGAACCACUGUCUGCUGAAGGUAGGUUAGCAAAUUCUCCAUUACAGAGGCAAGAAACAAAUAUGCUGAUAUUAAUUAAAAUAUUUUAUUAUUUUUUUCCAUAUAUUGCACAAUGUAAAUGUAUUGCACAUGUUUUUUAAAUUAAAAUAAAUAGACAAUUACAUUAUUUUUAUUGUGUACUGCUGUGGUCUGUGGAUGUGGGUUGACCUAUACUGAACACCAAGACCUUGAUUUAAAAUUGUUGGAUAAGCUUUUUUAAAUUAUUUAAUACUUUUGGAAAUACUUUUAAUAAGAUUUUUUCAAAAUAUUAGAAUUUAAAAAUAUAUAUCAUAUCUAAAAUUAAAUCAAUAUACCAAAAAUAAUCACUAAAUGAAAAUAUUUUUCAUAAUAUUAAAUAAUUUUAAAAGUUUAUCUAAAAAUAUUAAAUCAUUUGAAAAGCUUAUGCAAAAAUAUUAAAUUGAGGCCUAAUACCAGGAGUUUUCGUAAAAAAGAAAAAAAAAUAGAAUUACCUUAUUAUUAUCAAACAUGAGAAACAAUAAACAAGAUUUUUUUUAAAAAGGGGGAAAAUGGAUAUAGCAGAUUCAGUUCAAACUUAGAUAAUCUGAGAUCUUACAUUUUGGAUUCCACUGUGAAUAUGUAGCCUGAGACAAGGGUUCCUAGCUUAGAUAACAAUGUUAAUGCUGAAAAAGAUAUAAUUUAUUUUUACCUGUGAUAUAACAAUCAUGUAUGCCAAUGGACCAUAAUAAAAUGAGAAUUAGAGAAUUUGUUACACAUACUUUAUGAUAUUUUAAGAAACAAUUAACACGCGGUUUAAAAAUUAUAUUAAGUGAACAUGUUUUAAAAAGGAUAUGUAGUUAGCUUAAAGUCAAAUUAUUUUACUUUAUAAUAAUACGUAAAAAGGUCCAAAAGCAACAUCAUGCCCACAAAAUACUUUGGAUUAUGUCAGCCGCACCUCGGUGGAUUUUUUUUGUGGUAUAGCUUCCAAUUAAAUUCAGUUUUCCAUUUAGCUUGUGCUCAAAAUUCUUUGACAUAUAUGUAUAUAAUGUUUUAUCAUCUUUUCUUUUUUUAUUUCUCUAGCUGGGACAGAUUAUGUGGGCAUUAGCAGAAAUCUGGACUUUGCUCCUGGAGUGAACAUGCAGAGUUUUAGAGUGACAAUUCUAGAUGACUUGGGUCAACCUGCUUUGGAGGGCCUUGAAAAUUUUGAAUUGGUUCUUCGGAUGCCCAUGAAUGCAGUUUUAGGGGAGCCUAGCAAAACAACUGUCACUAUCAAUGACACUGUGUCUGACUGUAAGUACCUUGCCAGUUCCUUUAUAAUUCUGACAUGGUUAACAUUAACAAUUUCUAUGCUAUUAGCUAGAUUUAAAAGUUGGUCACCAAUAGAAGCUUCUCCAACUGCUUUUCAAUCUAACCUGCUUCUAACACAAUCACUAUGGUAGUGGGGUUCAGAAUAUUGUCUAUGCUAUAUUGGACAAGUAAUGGUGCCAUGGCAUGAAAAGGAGCUUAUGCCAAAAUAUCCCACAGUGUCUCCCUCAGGAAAAAAAUAUAAUCAACAAUAUAAUUGUAAUUUGACAUUUUUUGUAUAUUAAAUCAGCCAUCUCAUAAUGUUUUGGUCCUUAAUCUAUGAGUUUUUAAAUAAAUGUCAACAAUUUAAAUAAAUAAUUUUUCUUUGUAGUACCUAAGGUCCAGUUCAAAGAGUCUACGUAUAUUGUGAAGGAAAAAGAUGGUCGAGUAUCUGCUGCCAUAUAUAGGAGUGGUGAUGUCAACCACAGGUCCACAGUUCGGUGCUAUACACGCCAAGGCUCUGCUCAAGUUACAAUAGAUUAUGAAGAAAGGCCAAAUACCGAUGACUCUCUUGUGGUUUUUAUGCCAGGUAUUUUAAAAGGAUGAUAUAAGUAAAAUAUAUAUAUAUUUAUAUAUAUAUAUAUUGCUACCCAUUCAGUCUUACAAUAUGUUUUGUGAUUUGCUGGAUUCCUGUUUUGUCUACUGCAAUCCAAUUCAUGCUCAGUAAAAAUGCACAGUUUUAUUGAUUGACAUCUGAGGUUUUGAUGAUUUUCCGUGAAAUGUAAGUAGUUCAUGAACAUAUUUAACAUUGUUAUUCUAAUGGUGCAGCAAGGCACUUAGAGAUGUUUUUAUAGUAACCUUGCAAUGUCUACACACACGUUUUUGUUGCUAAUAUUAUCAUCUACUCCCUUUGGUGGAAAAUGUUUGACAACAUUAAACGUAAAAGCACUUACACUUAUUUAUCAAUGAUUCAUAUCUACAUUGGCUAAAAACAAUUGAGCCUGAUUCACGGUGUCGUAAUCUUUCGUAAGUUGUGUGUGUUACAUCGACAUAUUUUAAAGGCUACUUAAAAAUAGAAAACAAAAUUCUAUAUGAUAUGUAGAUUAUCUAUAAAAUGUAAAAGAAUUUGAAUGAAGUAGUUAACCUUAAUGGGAAUGUCUAGGUAAUAGGUCCUUACUAGUUUUUAAACAGUUGUUCUUUAACUCCAUAAAAUCACACAUUAUCUUCACUACAGAUCUUGCUUUCUUCAGUUAACUGGAUCCAUCCCCUUGAUCUAUCCAGUGACCAAUCAAAUGCUUCUCAAAGAGAGGCAUUGUGGACACAGGAAGCAUAAUAUAAUAUGUUAUGAACACUUACUCAAAUAACAUACUCCAAACACAUUUGGAAACUAUAAAAAAAGCAUACUUAAACAUAGAUAUUUGUUAAAAAUAAUAAUAAUAAUAAUAUAUAUAUAUUUAACACUAUACUGGUGUAAAAGUGAUUUCUUCUUUGGAAAUGUCUGCAGCCUUUGAAGAGUUGGUUAGUGAAAUAUUCUUCUUAUGAAAUAUGUAUCUUACACCGGAGGCUGCUGGCAUAGGGAGAUUUGUUUUGUUUUUUUUUCUUUUGAUGGCAUUAACAGGCAAUUAUAGAUAAGAAAUACUUUAUCGAGAGAGAGAACAGAGUUUGAGUCACUCUGCGGUCCUGGAAUAGAGAAAAAACGUUACCUGUCCAGUAUAUAUAGUUUAAUUCAUAAGGGAGCUAUGGAGAAGACUGUCCCUUCAUUCCAAUUUAAGUGGAUGAAAGGUUUGAACAUCCAAAUGACCAGCAAUGAUUGGUCAUUUGUGUUCAAAAUGCGGAUGAAAGACCAGGUGAGCACUCCUAGGAAAAUUAUAUUUUUUAAAAGAGUCACUAGAUGGUACAAUACUCCAGAUCGACUUAAAAAAUACGGUGCACAGGCUUCGGAUGGCUGUUGGAGAUGUGGCGAGAGGGGGCGAAUAUGGAACAUAUAUGGUGGGCGUGCAAACUUAUUAGGAGCUACUGGUUACAGGUACUGAGUGUCAUUUAUAAAAUUUUACCAAUGCCUGAUCAAUUAUCUCCAUCCAAGAUUCUAUUGGGAUGGCCAGCUUCCAUUAAGGAGAAUAACAAACAGAUAUUGCUGAGUUUCUUAUUGAAUGAGGCAAAUGCUUUGAUCCCGUUGUAUUGGCUUAAAUCUAGUAUUACGGCUAAAGAACAAUGGAUUUUUAGAGUGAAAGCUUUGAGAGAACUUGAAGAAGUCCAUUGGGCCAUUCAGGGGAAGUGAGAUCAUUAUGAUAGGAUAUGGAACACUGGCGAGCGUAUUAAGCAGAAACAUCAUAGCAAGAGUACGUUAAGACAUACUGAGGAUGAGUUAAUAGACCACUAAGGUUAGAAGUAUUGGCAGAACACCCCUUUUUAUUUUUUUAUUUUCUUUCUUUCUUCUCUUCUCUUCCCCUUCUCUCUUGGAAUGUUUUAAGCAUAUGAUGAUAUGGGACUUUGAUAAUGCUAUUUGAUAAUGGCGUAAAGUAGUCCCAAUAUCUGACGCAAAAAUAAAGAAGAAAAAGAGAUAAAAAAUAAAUACUUUUUCCUCUUACUCCACCCUGGAAAAUAAACAUUCCUUCGAUAAUGAACAUUCCAGGGCUCAGAAGGAUACUUCUUUUCAGGAAGUAUGCAGAAAGGCUGUGUGAUUCAGGAGGUGUGGAUAGGGCUAUAACAAGAAAGUAAUUUUGCUCCUAACUGACAGAGAAGUGAGCAGUGUGACUACAGAAACAUUAUCUAGACACAAAAACACUUUAUUAAACUGAGAUGGUCUUGGUACUAGCAAUUUUAAAAACUGUAACUUGAAAAAAAAUACAAGCAAGGAAUAUGAUGUAUCUAUAUUAUUUAGAUUGUGAAAAGUUAGCAGUAUGUGAGUAUUCUUCAAUGCAUGUUUCAAUAGAGACUUUUUUUACCCUAGGUGAGACUGAAAAGCCAUGUGUGGUGCUUCUUCAAGAUGAUACAAUUUAUGAAGAACAAGAAGAGUUCAGGCUGGUUCUUGGAACGCCAAAAAGUGACUCACCUUUUGGGGCUUUGAUUGGAGAAAAGAAAGAAACUUUAAUGAAGAUUAAAGACUUGGAGGACAGUACGUUUUCUGCUAUUUAUAUUAAUUAUUGAUCAUAACUAUAACUCUGUACUAAUGGAAUCCUGUUUCUGGCAUCCUUAAGUUGUUUUAGUAUUUAGUAUUCAGUAUGUUGACUGGUGCUGUAUGCUAUAUGUACUAUACUAAACUUAAUCUAUUCAAGUAGAAGAGAAAGAAAUAACAAUUAUGUAGAUGCAAUACAGAUACAAUAACUGGAUUUCACCUACUAAUUUCCAGUCAUUUCUCUCCACAGAACCAGUCAUCAAGUUUUCCGAAAUCAAAUAUAGCAUCCAAGAGCCCCAGGAGACAGGAGAAAUAGCUCUAGUGAAGAUCCCUGUGCAGCGUAUAGGAGAUAGUUCCAAAGUGUCUAUUGUAAGAAUUCACACAAAGGAUGGCUCAGCAACAUCUGGUGAAGAUUAUAACCCACUGUCUGAAGGUAUACAGCAUUGCUGCUCUCCUGGAAAAUAAUUUACCUGUUUGUUGUAGACUAUAAUUUAACCACUUUGCAGAUGCGGCUUCUCUUUUUUAUAUCAGUUGACUAAUUUAUUUCUCUUUUUGCCUUUUUUUAUACUUCCAUUCAUUUCUUAAAAUGUUUUGCUUUGCACGUAUAGGAAUUUGUGAGAAUGUUUAUCUCGCCCCCAAAAAAGCAAAACAUAUAUCCCUAUUAAAUUAAUAGACAUACAUCAAACUAUAUGAGAAAUGUCUGCAUUUACCGAUCUUUAUAAAAUGUAGAUUUACUGCACUACGUGCAACAGAACAGAAUUUUACAAAAUUUCAAUCAAGCUUUGAUAUGUCCUCUAUGUUAUGUUGUAUGAGGAUGUCACUGAAGGAACAUCAGAUUUUCUACACAAAAGAUGCUUCAUUUUUCAAUAAUUUCCUAAUGAAUGCAUAUAUGUUAAUAUUGUAUACAUUUAUAAGGCAUUCUGACAUAGGAUAUCCAAUUAAACAGCUAUUUGUUUCAUAUUGUCUGCAGCAGUAUUGUUGAAGAUCUGCAAUUACACCAAUCUGUCUGCCUUACAUACUGACAAAACAAUGUAAUUGAUUUUUAAAGUGCACUUAGCAGCAUUAUUCUCUUUACCCAGACAUUGAAUUUAAAGAGGGAGAAACUGAACACUUUGUAGAAGUGGAAAUAUUAUAUGAUGGCAAAAGAGAAAUGCGUGAAGCUUUUACUGUUCAUCUGAAGCCUGACGAGAACAUGGUAGCUGAAACACAGGUAACAAUUAAAAAAAUAUUGUAACUCAAAGCUAAACACUUUUGAUCAUAUUUGCUACAGGAUAUAGACCAGUGGGUUCCAAACCAGUCCUCGAGGUACACCUACCAGUCCAGGAUUUAGGGAUUAGCCAGUUAUGUAUAAGAUGUUUUUAAAAAGAAAAAAAAAGAAAACACUUUGACACAACUGGGUAAUUCCUAAAUCCUGGACUGAUAGGCGUGCCUUGAGGACUGGUUUGGAAACCACUUAUCUAGACCAUUAAUGUACUAUAUGUAGUCUUCUUCUAGAAAUAUCUUUCAAGUUCCUCUUUCACAUAAUCUGUGCUUUCCCUAGUACAUCAACUAUUUCACAAUAAAGCAUCAUGAAACCUGCCCGGCCUAAAACCUACAUCAGGGUCCCUUGUAUAGAUCCAGAGCCAGAAUGCAGUAAUAGACAUACAUGCAGUGCUUUACGUAAUUGAGAGAGUACAGUUGAAAAAUUAGUUAGCAGUCCAAUGUAUUAUAUCCUGGAUGCAGUAUUGUGGAAUAUAGAUUAUGUAUGUUUUAGUAUUAUGGAAUAGAUUGCUGUUAUGCAAUAGAGCUGUAAUAUAUUUAGCAUGGGAGAACGUUGUCACAGUCACACUCACACACUGCCAUUCCUGCUCUUCUUUCUAGUAUAUUGUUCUACAAGUGAUGACACAGAACACCACAGACAAUGAAUCUGUCCAUAAACUGUACUGCAGUCUUUACAGUUUGAGUGAUUUCCAUCUACGAGUAUUCUAUAAGCUAAGCCUUGUUAGUCUGGAUUUUUACAAAAUAGUUUUUGUAAUGUGAAUGUUGUCACAUUUUAUGUCAAACUGUACCUACAAUGAUCAAAGAACCCCUAAUUAUUGUAGGUCCAUGUGGUAUUUCUGGUAUAAAGAUAAGCAAGUUUCACUGACACAUGAAUUUAUUUCAGAUGAAUAAGGCUAUUGUGUACAUUGAAGAAAUGGACAGUGUUGCCGACGUGACGUUUCCAGCUGUUCCCCAGGUUGUGUCACUUUUAAUAUAUGAUGAUACUUCAAAAGCCAAAGAGAACACACAUCCACCUGCAGGCUACCCUGUAGUGUGUGUGACGGUAUGUAUUUUAAUAUUAAUUAUUAUACAGAAUUCAGCAGUAGUAAGAUCAAAACAUAAUUAUGAAAUAGAACAAGAACUGAUGUUUUAAAUGUGUAUAUUUGCAAAAUGUAGCUAUUUUUGAUGGUCAAAUGCCUUUACGAAGUUAGUGUAUAUAAACAUAUAUCAGACAAUAUAUUAAAUCUUUACAUACAAAAGCUCCAUUCAUUCACUUUGCAUUAUUUAAAAUCCUCAGUACAGCCACUCUCAUUUACAACUUAUAAGAGAUUUAGGACUAAUUGCAAUUUAAAACAGUGGUUUAUUUUUAAAGCAAUAAAGAAUUCAUGAGCCUUAAAUAAGGUUCUUAAAAAUCCUCUGAUGAGCUGAAGAGCGAAACGCGCGUCAGGGGCAACUCUGCUCACAUUCAGUUCGAAGACAUGUCACCAUACAACAAGUAGUGUUCACAGCUAGCCUUUCUUACAUGUAGUCCGUGACAUGUCACCAUACAACUAUUAGGGUUUUCUGCUAGUCUUUAUUUAAACAGACUCAGUUAAACUUCUGAUAAUAGCUACUUUGGUUUAACUAUUGGUGGGUGGUGGUGCUACAUUUAGGUUAAUAUAGGGAGAAUAUUUGGUAUUAAGGUGUGCCCAUGAAGGCAUAGGGUUAUCUGCAUAUAGCAUAUUUUAUUCCAUUUAGUAGUUUCAUUUUAUUUUUUCUACCAUUUUUUCUACCAUUCAUGUUAAUCAACAAAAAUUAUCUUUUCUAGGCAUGCAAUCCUAAAUAUUCUGAUUUUGAUAAAACUGGCUCUAUUUGUUCAGCUGAGAAUAUUAAUGAUACCCUCACUCAGUAUCGAUGGCUGGUCAGUGCUCCAAGUGGCAGUGAUGGAGUGACGAGUCCAAUGCGGGAAGUAGACUCCAAUACAUUUUUCACAAACACCAAGUCAAUCACAUUAGACUCCAUCUACUUCCAUGCUGGUUCAAGGAUCCAAUGUGCAGCCCGGGCUGUCAAUGUUAAUGGAGAUGCUGGACUUGAGCUACUAAGCCCAAUUGUUACACUCAGCAGAGAGGAAGGUUAGUCUGUUUUGAAUUCUAUCACUGUUAUUGGUGAAAAUUCAAUGGUUCUAAUCACUCUAGUAGUAGAGAGAGGUGCAGUUACCAACCUUGGUCAGUUUUGGGGUAUAGGACCAGUUGGUUCAGACUUAGUAGAACCAGACGAGGGUGCAUUGGUGGUAUGGGCCAUUUCUUUCAUAAUUUCAAUGUCCUCUAUUUUGAGCAGUCAUUCUUUGUAAGGUUAUCAAAGCUUUAGCUGCAUUAAAUAAGCAGAAGGUGAAAGGUUUCUUAUUUUUCUAGGGGAUAAAGUCUGUAAUGGAAUAAUUUCACUGAAAUUGUCAGAGUGCUUGCAUCUUCUCGAAUAAGGAUGAAUUCCAGAGAAAUGCCAGCAAAUAUGUAGAAUGGACUCUGCUGCCUGACUGCAUUGCCAGAAAUGCAGGCAGAUGAAUGAAAAGGGUCUGUGUGGGAGUGUCUUGACUCCCAUACCAGUGUAUGACUGUUUCAUUUUGAAAGAGAGAGAACAUUGGUGUGUAAGAAGGAAUAUAUAUUUUUUCCCAUCAAGUUAAUUUUAGCAUCACUGAUAGUUCCUUUUCUAAUAUACAAUGUAUUUAGAAGGUUUGGUUGAUUAUGGGAGGGAGGUUAGGAGUUAAGAAUAAUAAAGAUAUACAAUGUUCAAAACAGUUCAAGAGAAUGCAUUAUUAAAAGGGGUUGGGCUUCUACGUAAGAAAUGAAACUUAUUGAGUAAACAUAAAAAGAUUUUGAUACUAUGGAGCUAGAACAAUAUUCCAAAAGUGGAGUUAUCCAAUUCCAAAGAUGAUUAAUACUUGUUUCUCCUCUAGCAAAUGGAGGACCCAUGAGUAUGUUACCUCAUUGGUGUUUGUGGAGGAUUUUGCUUAGAUUGAUAAAGAGAAGGAGUGUGAAUUUAUCAGUCAGAGCCAUUUAUCGGCAAGACCUAAUGGGAGAAAAAGCUGGAUACAUUUUAAAGAGAGAGUAAAUUGUACUUUCAAAUUCCCAGAGAAGGGUAGCUAGUGGUAAUACAACCAUUCCAGGAUUCUGAGAAGGCGAACUGCUUGGUAGUAAAUUGUGUGGAAGUCUCUAGUCCCUACUUGAUUUUUCACUUGAGGCUUGUCUAACUUCCAAACAAAUGAGAGGAAAGGAUGUUUUGAACUCUUGAAGGAAUUGCAAGAAAUACAGGAUGCAUGGAAUAUAUUGAUGUGUAGUAACGCUAUUUCCCAGUCCAUAUUACCAGUGUGCCAUUCAUUUACAGAAGUCAUCCACCAGCUUAUUUAAUAGGAGAGAGAAAUUAGUGGAGUAUAAGGACAAGUUGUCCAGGGUAAGGUUUACCAUAGGUAUUUCAUGUAAGAAUCACAUCAAUGCAAUAUGGUUCUAAUUACUGGUAUUUAGGGUUGGUUAUCCUGUGCAGGAACAAUAAUCUUGAAUAUUUUAGAUUUAGUUAAAUUUGCUGACAAGUUGCUAAGUUCACCAUAUACUGAAAGAUAUAGUAGCGUAGAUAACUAUAAAGAAGAGAUUGUCUGCAUAGGAGCCGAUCUUACGGUGCAAUUUAAAAUUUCUUAAACCAUUAUUGUGGCAAAUCAUUCAGAGUAAGGGUUCAAGAGAACCAAGGGUGCAAGGGGAAUAGGAGGAGGAGAGUUGCAGCCUCGCCUAGUUCCAUUUGUAAUUGUGAAGCAAAAUGAAAAGGGACCAUUGAUAGGACUUUGGUGGUGGGAGUAAACUUUAAUGUCUAAUUUUUUUGAAUCUGAAAAAAAUGUUGUACACUAAAACACAGAUUAUUUGUCUAGGUUUGUGCCAGCCUCGUGUUCCUGGAACAGUGGGAGCUGAACCCUUUUCUGCAAAAAUUCGUUACACUGGCCCUGAAGAUCCUGAUUAUCAAAACUUGAUCAAGUUGACAGUAACUAUGCCACAUAUGGAUGGUAAGUGUUGCCAGCAAGAGUUUUUAUUGCAAAUUCAAAGUUAUAGACGAUUAUUUAAAAAAAAGAUUAAAAUCACUAAUAUACACUACUAUCACUAAGAGACAGGCUAUGCACAUUAUCAGCUUUCUUACAAUUCAGAUCGGAGUUCGGGAAUUCAUGCAAUCACUCGAUAAGCACAAAUUCGGACGAAUUGCAAUUUGUAACAAAACAAAUCUACUAACAACCACUAGCUGUGCAUAGUAGCUGUAAUAUUAAACAUUAUACAAUGUGAAUUUAGUUGCUAAUCUGUUCUAUCUUAGACAAAUAUUUCUAGCUAUAAAAUAUGUUCUAAUAUGAUUCUUUUGAUGGACCACCUGGCACCCCGACUGGGUGCCUCCGCCAAUUGCUGCUUCCUAGUGCUUGCCGAGUACCACAAGCACCGCACCAGACACCAUCAGCACUGUAGUCCCCACUUCCAGCAUUACAGCUUGGCUGGGGUCUCAUCAUCCUCCACCCACCCUGGACCCAAGACCAGAAUCCAGCUUCCAGUGGGCGGACCUCUUCUACUCCAGAGAGUGUAGCAGGCUGCUCUUAAAAGAGCAAGUGAUUAUAACCCAGAGGAGUAUAGUGAUAUAGCAAUCCCCAGGGUAGAUACAGCAAUUUCCCCCACACAUGAGAUGAGACUCUAUGUUGAGGGUAAGCAAGAACUCAUUUAUUGGUAGCCACAACUGGCAUUAUAUGAAGGUCCCCAUGCAAGGGGCACUCACCCCUGGACCUGAGAGUAAACCACAGUAUAAACAAAUACACAACCGCAUUGGCUCUCAGAUCCAGAACACUCCCAUACAUAAUCAGAUAAUCCUCUGUGCCUGGGAGAUAAUUGGAUCAGGAACUAUACUAAUCUAAUCCAAUUAUCUCCAAGCACAGAAAAACAUACUUUUUAACAUUACCCUGAAAGUAUCCCCAAAACUCAUAGAAACCCCACAAAGGUUAUAUCCCCUGAUACCCCCGAUCUGGGGGACCAACAUAUCCAAAGAUCACCCAGAUUGGUUCAGGGGUUCAAGAUUUCCACUUUGACCGACCGCACACGAGGCUCCUGCCCAAAAGAGUUCAAUGAAAUCAGACUGUGCAGUCAGUCGAUUUCGGGAAUACAUAAAACAGUCAAAAUACCGAAUGUAAGACUUCGUAUGGACACUUAGUUUUUUUUUCUUGUUUCUGGAGCUUGUUCCUACCGAACGCCGCCCUUCUCAUAUGAUUCAAGAUGAACGUAUGAAGAUAUGGAAGUCCCAGCAGUCUUCACACCGUCGAUUAUAGUUCCAUGCACUCGAUGACCAAACACUGCUGUAUGUGUUUGUGGCUAAAGAUUGUCACCGGCACUUGUUCGCACAUACGAACAACAGACAAACAGCUAACCACUUAGAACGUUGUGGUUAAACAUAAGUCAGGGAGGUUAAUGGGCUGCACACUCCUGUUCCGGGUGGUCCAACUGUUCAAUAACCGAACAGAAUAAGUACAAUCCAUUCGAUAAGCCCCAUAUACCGAACCAUAACAGGGAAAAGGCAUGAACAAAGCCUGUCCACAGUCCUGAACCAAGGUCUAAUACAUGGGCCACAGGCAAGAGGCUGGCAAGAGCCUGGGGCAAGAGGUUGGCAAGCAGGCCCCCUCCAAGAACCAAAGGUUACUUUCGCCACAAUUCUAAUAUGUUUUUAGAAUCAUAUAUACUAAUACUAAUUACUUAUUUGAUAAUGGAGAGUAAUGAAGUCAAUACAAUAAGAAUAUUGAAAGAGACAUUUUUUGCAUGAAACUACAUAUGAAUGUUAUAAAAUUACAUUAUCUUUAUUUUAUCACAGGUAUGCUGCCAGUUGUGUCAACCAGACACAUGUCCAAUUUUGAGUUAACUCUGAGCCCUGAUGGUACUAGAGUGGGUAACCAUAAAUGUUCUAAUCUCCUGGAUUAUAAUGAAAUUACAACAAAACAUGGCUUCAUCACAGAUAACACCAAAAACUCGGAAAUGAUUGGGGAGACCUCUCCAUACCAGUACAGCACUGCCCUGAGAUCUGCUAGAACUCUGCGAUUUUAUAGAAACCUUAAUCUAGAAGCCUGUCUCUGGGAAUUCAACAGUUACUAUGAUAUGUCAGAGCUUUUAACAGAAUGCAGUGGAAGCAUUGCGACAGAUGGUCAAGUAAGUGGUGUUGUAUUAAAGUAUUAAUCGACAGGUCUAGAAUUCUAUUUAUUGCACACUCUUGUGGCAUUCACACUGCCAUUUGUACAGCAGAUGCAGGUCCCAGAGACCCAGAAAUGAUCAGAGUGCUACAUUCUAUUGACGAGAACAACAUUUCUAUGAUACCAAAAAAUUAAGAGCAUUUGAUUUUAUCUACCUUUAUAAAAAAAAAACAGAACAAUUCUUGUCUGUAUCUAGCAAAAUGUAGGAUAAGAAAAUAAGAGACUUUUUGAAGUAUUCAUGUGUAAUCCAUGCAAGCUAAUUGCCCAUAUACUUUUUCAGGGUUUUUUUGUGUUUUUUUUUUUUUAAACAUAAGCCUAACCCUUUAAUCUUCCUGUGUUUUUUGUCUAGCCUACUCAUUCUUUUCAACCCUGUCAUUAGUCUUUUCAGAACUCCUGCACUGCUGAAGGACUGUGUAGAAGAGCAUUUUAAUUUCAUUUCAUUUGUGCAGGACGAGUGGCAUAUCUGUACAACUUUUUUUCUAAUCUAUCCAGAAUUUUUAAGGUGUAGAUAUACAUGCAGAUCCUGGAUCUACAUAAAUAUGUUGCUUUCACUAGGGUACAAGAUAUGAGAGUAAAUUGUACCCAGUUGUAACAUAGUUAUACUGCUGUUUGCAGUUGACUGUUUCAGUUAAAAAAAAAACUGAAAGUUGGAGAAUCUUAUUUAGAAAAAAAACAUAGUAUAAAAUCUCAUACUCAGUGAAAUGUUAUAUUUAUAAUUGCUUUUAUUUGCUAAUUUCACAAAACAGUAUUGAAAAGAAAAUACACACACAGCAAAUUGAGUUAUUAAUCAAAUUAUAAAAUUUAGGUCAGAAUAUAAAAGCAACUGACAUCCAUUCACACUUUAUAUGCCCCCGAAAAGUGAUUUUUGAGUAUGUUUCAAAUACUACCACGUUAGACAUCUGGACACAUAAGUCAUGUGUACAUAAUAUUGCAGAAACCCAUCAACCUCCACAACAAUCAGAAUUCAACAAAUAAAUGGUUGGCUUUGCAGUGCAGUCUAAUUUGCAGUUUUUUGUGAUUUAAUGUAAAAAGGCUGAAACAGGGUGCAGCCAAACAAUAAAGAUAAAAUGGAGCUAAAAAGACCUAGCAUCGUAGGGCAGCAAAAGCCAAAUUUAUAUUCCCACCCCAAAAUGUAUUCAAAUUAAAAAGGCGUUUUUUAGAAUAUAUAAUAUAGCACCUGGGUAUUUUUUUGUUUUAUUUUGAUUGUUGGGGUUAAGUGCCAGAACCUGGACGAUAGACAGACAGAUAAAUAGGUAGAUAGAUAGAUAGAUAGAUAGAUAGACCGACAGAUAGAUAGGUAGACAGACAGAUAAAUAGGUAGACAGACAGACAGAUAAAUAGGUAGAUAGAUAGACAGACAGACAGAUAAAUAGGUAGACAGACAGACAAAUAGGUAGAUAGAUAGAUAGAUAGAUAGAUAGAUAGAUAGAUAGAUAGAUAAAUAGAUAGAUAGAUAGAUAGACAGACAGAUAAAUAGGUAGACAGACAGACAAAUAGGUAGGUAGAUAGACAGAUAGAUAGAUAGAUAGAUAGAUAGAUAGAUAGACAGACAGAUAGAUGAUAGAUAGAUAGAUAGAUAGAUAGACAGACAGAUAGAUAGAUAGAUAGAUAGAGAGAGAGAAAUAGAUAGAUAGACAGACAUAUAGACAUAUAGAUAGAUAGAUAGAUAGAUAGACAAACAGACAGAUAGAUAGAUAUAUAGAUAGAUAGAUCUUUUCACGUAUCACAUUAGGGCUAUAAAAUGUUUUUUUUUUUUAAUGUUUCUAAGUAGAAUGUCCUUUAUAAAACUGUGGGCUAUAGAACUAUAAUAAUAUUUAUGCUUAGGGAUUUGUGGUUCUGUGCUUGUGAUUGGUGUCCUACAGAGUUCAUUGUGUACCCCGUAGGCUAGAUGUUUGUUCUCUGGGAUACCUUUAUUUACUAGCUGGAAUUCCAUUCACGAUGUGUGCAUUCUAAGAUGAAUAGAGACUAGGGCCCCUCACCCUUUUUUUUUUUUUUGUAGUGAGAGAGGUGUUGAAGGGUUAGCUGCACAGCCUCUGUACCCAUGAAUGACAUUUACAAUAUACACAGGCAGACAUAGAUAGACCAUAGCAUACUUUUGUCUCGUGUUCGAAAGAUUAACCCUUCAGUAACAGAGCUGUAGACACUGUCUACAGUGCACUGCAUCUGAUUUGGAACCUAAAGAGUAAUGUUUUUAUAAAAUAGCACAUUUAAUUACCUGAAUUCCAGAAAUAUGAACCAGGAAAUAAAGUUGGGAUCAGCAUUAUCAAGAGUUAAUGGACAGGAUUCAGUGAUGCUUAACUAUGGAGCUAAAUAACAAAAUAAUCAAGCCACAUGUGUGUGUUCAGGUCUGAGCGGUGAUAUGAAAGCAUCUAGCAGAUAGGUCGCUCUUUGUGUUCAAGGAAUAGUACCCAGGAGAUAUAUUUUCAUAAUUAUAACCAUUUAGAUAACCCUGCACGUCAUGGCUGGAGAUAAUAUAAUGAGGGAUGAGUUCUAGAACAUUGAUGUGGCAGUUGCAAAUGGAAUUGAAACCAUGAGUAAACUGAAGUAUGGGACUAUUCACAGCCAACAGGAUUAUAGACUCUAGCAAUGCACACAAUUGAAGCCACAUAGAGCAUAAGGAAAGCAUAAGGAAACCAUGUAGAACAUAGGCUGAUCCAACAGAUAUUGCACAUGACAGAGUCACAACAGGAAUAGCUGCAGAAAUAUAUAAUUGAUAAUAUUAUACUAGUGAUUAAAUGUUAAAUAUAGCUAUUUUUUGUUUCAACUUUGUUAUUGUUCCCAUGUUAACUUUGCGGUUUAUGUUACUUUAUAAUCCUCAUUUUAUUUCCAUGUAAUUUAGCAGUGUUGCCCAGUUAUUUAUUUUUGCAAAAAUACAUAGAUAAAUAAUUUUUAACCCCUUAAGGACCAAACUUCUGGAAUAAAAGGGAAUCAUGACAUGUCACACGUCAUGUGUCCUUAAGGGGUUAAAAGCAAAGUUAAACAUAGAUAAUCUAUAAAUGCUUUAAAUUUCAUAAAUGGUCAUGGGCCUUCGUUAAAAUCUCCACUAACAUGAUUCAUUCAUUUGAAAUCUUUUUGUAAAUAUCUUGCAUUGGGAAGUAUGUUAAAGGAAAGAAAUAUGUUUUUAAGCGUAAUAUAUAUGUUUGCAGCACUAUUGAAGACCUUUUCAGCAUGGAAUCACUAAGCCGACUAAGACAGUCCCAUAAUCUAGAAACUUUUUCGAUCCUUUCUACAUAAAAUUCCUGUAAAUAUGACUAGAAAUGUUAUGUUGUAUAAUUUUCUAUGUAAUCAAAACAAAUGUGUGUGCCACAUAAACUGUUUACUUAUAAAGGUGAUAAGUGUUUUUUAGAGCUGUACAGUAUUAAGAUGGGCUGCGAUCUUCGUAAUGAUAACUAUGUCUUUUCUUACAGGUGCUGAAUUUGGUCCAGUCCUAUGUCACCCUAAGAGUGCCCCUUUAUGUAUCCUAUGUCUUUCACUCACCUGCAGCAGUUGGAGGUUGGCAGCACUUUGACCUCCAGUCGGAGUUGAGACUGACAUUUGUAUAUGACACAGCCAUUUUAUGGAAUGAAGGAAUUGGCAGCCCCCCAGAAUCCGAACUGCAGGGUAGGUUCACUGUUUGUUAGGCCAUGUUGUACUAAUAACCAAUCACAUUUAACAAGGGGCAAAAGAGAAAUUACAUUACAUCUUAGAUCAAUUUCUUUUUAAGAGGGCUAUUGCAAAAGAUUAUAUAUAUCAUACAAAUAAUGGAAGUUUAGUUACAUUAUAUGAUCAUACAUUGGAUAAGUCUGCCACAAUGUUAAUUGCUUCAGUCUUCUUGCACUUUCAGGACAAUUUGGGGUAUUAAGUUAUUCUAUAUUAAAGAUGACACAUUUUAAUGUUUCAGUCUUCAAAUUAUCUGUCUAUACAAUGCUGAGUCGGCAGCACUCAUCUCAUACGUAAAAAAUGUAUUCAAUAAAAGUGCUUAAAGUUCACUAAGAGUGUCGGGUACGCUUUAAAAAAUCUUCCCCCAAAGCAAAAACAAGGAAAAAUGUUACAUGUAUCAAACUAUGUGAAUGAAUAGGCAUAAAAUAUAUUAAUUCCAACAUUCAUAUUUUGGCUUAUUUUGCUAUACAAUAAUAUUAAUUAAAAAAAACUUAACUUGUGUGUUUUUGGUUUUCAGGAUCUCUGUAUCCAACCAGUAUGCGCAUAAAUGAUGAAGGACAGCUGGUUGUUAACUUUAAGACUCAGAUUCGCUUCCGUGGACAGUUUGUUACGUCUCACCCAGGUAACACAUAUUUGUGAUAAACAUGUAUUCAACCAAUGUGCAAAUUUGCUCUUACAGAAUUAUUUACUAAAGUGAGAAUUCAAAGUGAAUUUCAAAUUUUAGGCCAACGCAGCUGAAUUUGAAGAUUAGCUAACAUAGAGAAUUUUUCAAAUUUGGCUAUUUUGUCCUUAAAUUUAAAAUUAAUGUUGCAUUCACUUCACAUUUUCACUGUAGUAAAUUACCCUUUGAGUUUACAUACGAUUAUAAAACAAGACAUCUUCACUUAUCAAAAUGAGAAAAUCUUUGUACACAAAAUGAAUUAAUAUUACCAAUUUGCAACGAGCUUUCAUUCAUUAAUUGUUAAGGUUUUCUAGGGGUGUAACAUUUAGCGAAAAUGAAAAUAAGUUGCUGUAUGAGAGAUCUGGAUUAUGUAUUCAGCACAAAGACAAACCUCAUCACAAAGAUGUCUGUUGGAAACUGAUGUGACUCUUGGUGCAUUUUGCAGUGUUGAAUAUAAUUAGACUGUUAGACAGAAAUAGAAUUAUUCAGUGUGAAAGUGAAUCUGAUCUUGUGCAUCAGACUGAAUAUUAUUUUUUUUACCUCUCAGGUACUUCUCUGUCAUCAAUGGUAAUGUCUGCUGACCACCCAGAGCUCACAUUCUCAAUGAGUCUUCUUCGCAGUGAGCCGAGCUUCGCACAGCCAGUGCAGCAAUGGAGCUUUGUCUCAGACUAUGCUGUAGGUAUUUAGUUCAGAGCCCACAGCUUGAUGGCAUGCUAGUCAUUUUGUAACAUUAAAAAGUGAAAAAGCAUAGAUAAUUUUAGGGUAAAACUUGCACUAUCACAAAAUAUAUUCCUACAAACUGUUUAAUAAGGCAGAUUCAGCUUGUCUCUCCCUUUUCGACACUCAUACACUUGGUAUGAGUUAUGAUAGUGCCAUCUAGUGGCUGUUAUACCCAGUUUGGAUUCUGGGCAACAUAGAAACAUAGAAACAUAGACUGUGACGGCAGAUAAGAACCAUUCGGCCCAUCUAGUCUGCCCAGUUUUCUAAAUACUUUCAUUAGUCCCUGGCCUUAUCUUGUAGUUAGGAUAGCCUUAUGCCUAUCCCACAAAUGCUUAAACUCCUUUACUGUGUUAACCUCUACCACCUCAGCUGGAAGUCUAUUCCAUGCACCCACUACCCUCUCUAUAAAGUAAUACUUCCUGAUAUUAUUUUUAAACCUUUGUCCCUCUAAUUUAAGACUAUGUCCUCUUGUUGUGGUAGUUUUUCUUCUUUUAAAUAUAGUCUCCUCCUUUACUGUGUUGAUUCACUUUAUGUAUUUAAAUGUUUCUAUCAUAUCCCCCCUCUCUUGUCUUUCUUUCAAGCUAUACAUGUUAAGAUCGGGCAAUUACCCGGUCAAGUCCAAAAAAAAAUCCAGAAAUUCAAGCAAAGACUGAUGUUUGAGUUAAAUAAUGCAACAAAACAAAUACUUCAAUGCCAAGAUUUAAUGUAAAACUUGAAAAAAUACAUGAAUAACUACAACAAAAGUAAAAAAAAAAAAAUGCAUUUAAAGCAACAUUAUCGACUUAAGGAAUACAAACCUAAAAACUAAAAGUUUUACUUACCAUUUUCAAGUGCAGAAGCUUACUCUGCACUGCUCACCUCUCCGCCUCCUGUGCAGUCAUUGAGGAUGCAUGGCCUCCUCCGUAGGUUGUUCCAAUCCAAUGCCCAUCAUAGAGGAGUACCAGACCCUCAUUGAGGACCAGAUGCCCAUGUAUCCCAUGCACAUCCAAGUUUCCCCAUAGGAAAGCAUUUAAUUGCGUCUUUUUAAACAAAGAGUGUACAUUUGGCUACAACAAGAGUUUAUGGUCUUGUACUAGAAUGUGGAAACCUUUAAAACCUUAUGGAAACAUUGAUGACUGCAUUAAAAUGCAUAUGUCAUAGAUAAACAGGCUUGUUGCACAGAGGAAGUGGUUAUUCUAAUUUAUACAUUAUUCUCUGUUAGUCUGGAUAACCUAUGUCAUUGUAAUAAUAAUACUAUUUAGAGUGACCAGUAUAUAUGAGUUGUAUUAAGUUUAUUUGUUACAUCUAUGCAAUAAACAACAUUUAUAUUAUUUGUUAGGUACGGGAUUACUCAGGAACAUAUACAGUAAAGCUCAUUCCAUGCAGUGCAUCUCCUAACCAGGAAUACACAAUACCCAUUGUGUGUAACCCUAGAGAACCUAUAGCCUUUGAUAUCGAUAUAAGGUUCCAACAGGUAAGACAAUGAUUUUGCCAUUGUUUUUAUAUUUUAAUUGUAAGACUGUAUCCUACAUACAGAUGUAUUUGUUUGUGUAUGUGUCUAUUUGUGUAUUGAACAGUGAGUUUGACAUUUUCUUUUUGCAGGUUAGUGAUCCUGUAGCAGCAGAGUUCAGCCUCAACACACAAAUGUUUUUGUUGUCUAAGAAGGAACUCUGGAUCUCUGAUGGCUCAAUGGGAUUUGGGGAGGGAGCCGAUGUUGCAUUUUCUGAAGGUAUGGAAACAUUGCUCUUAAUAUAUUGAUGAGAUUUUUUGCAUUUUAAUUUAAAAUACUGCACCAUUCAUGGCAUUGUGUAAUAGUGAAUUCUGUAACUAGCAUUGUGUAACUAGAAAGUCUUUGCUAGCCUGGGCCAGCAAUGACUUUCUAGUUACACAAAAAGAAAUACUCUGUGAUUUCACUUCUUCUGCAGAAGUGCCCUAAUUUUGCCUCUAUAAAUGUUGUAAAAUGUGGUCCUUUAAAGCGGCUCUGUCAUCUCUUUUUUUUCUUCUUUAAUAUUGUGUUUCAUCUGCUCCGGAUUUUCUUUUUUAAAAACUAUGAUUAUUUUAGAAGUUAUACAUAAUGAAGCAUAGGGACUAUGUUUCUUAAUGUACAACUUGCAAGUUGAAAUUUUUUUACAAAGGCUUCAGUUUAGUCAAACUCCACAGCCAUUGUCUACUUUAUAAUUGGCUGGCCACCUAGUACUCACUUUCAGCCAGUGUCCGUCACUUCCUGGAGCAUCGCAAUAUGAGUUCUUUGUUGACUCUUGCGGGAGCACGAGCGUCAACACAAUGUUGUAAACCCACCUCGAAGUCCAUGUAAUUUGCCGUGCAGGCCAUAGGAAGGGCAAAAGUAGGAGAUUUCCAGAACAGCUAAGAGGGCAUGCCAUGAAUGAAGAUUUCAACAUCAUGACUGAAGGUAAGUAUCACCAGUCCCAGUGUGACCUAAAUGUUAUUGGCGAUUGGGGGGUGCUAGACAAAGGCUGGUGACAGUAAUUACAGUGACAGACACGCUUUAACUUAUAUAGAAAGUCAGUUUAUUAUUUAGAUCUCCUUACUGUUAGAAUGUUCUAAACAAUUUGUGCAUUGUUGUUUUUGAUAAUUUGUACAAGUAAUUCAAUUAGAGAAAUUAAGUGACUAGUGAUACUGGUUUCAUUGGUUAUCUUGGUUAUUUUAAUAAGAAAGUGAUUUAUUUUUCCAAAAAUUCCCAUGUAUGUAUAUAUGCAUGCAUCAAUGAAGAAGCUUACUCAAUUAAAAUUUUAUUGCAGCAGUGUAUUAACAAUCAGUCACAGUCGACGUUUCAGUCAUCAGUCGGGCCUUUUCUCAAUAUUGUUGGACUGAAAUGUUGACUGUGGUUAAUUGUUAAUACAAUGCUGUAUUAAACAGAAUAAUAUUGCAUUAACAUGAGACCCCUGAGUGAGCUUCAUUGCUGCACAUUUGAUUUGGUUAUUUGGUUGGAGUGCAUGUAUAUAUAUCUACAAUCCCUCAGGGGAACUUACUCAAAGGACUGUUUAGUAUAUUUAAACAAAUACUUUUAUUCAAUACAUGAUCAAAGUUUUGGUCCCAACUGGACUUUCAUUCCUUCAAGAGAUUGUAUACAUUUGGCUGGAGUGAACUGUGGCAAAAGAAUAAGGAGAAACGGGUGCUUUACCGAGAAAUGUUAUAUACAGUAAGGGAAAAAAGUAUUUGAUACCCUGCUGAUUUGGAACGUUUGCCCACUGACAAAGAAAUGAUCAGUCUAUCAUUUUAACAGCAGGUGUAUUUUAACAGUGAGAGACAGAAUAACAAAAAAAAAAAAAUCCAGAAAACACCAUAUCAAAAAACGUAUAAAUUGAUUUGCAUGUCAUUGAGUGAAAUAAGUAUUUGACCCCUUCGACUUAGUACUUGAUGGCAAAACCCUUGUUGGCAAUCAGAGGUCACAUGUUUCUUUUAGUUGGCCACCAGGUUUGGACACAUCUCAGGAGGGAUUUUGUUCCACUCCUCUUUGCAGAUCCUCUCAUAGUCAUUAAGGUUUCAAGGCUGAUGUUUGGCAACUCAAACCUUCAGCUCCCUGCACAGAUUUUCUAUUGGAUUAAGGUCUGGAAACUGGCAAGGCCACUCCAUGUGCUUCUUCUUUUUUUUUUGUCUUUUUAUUAAAUUUUUUAACAAAUUACAUUUACAAAAAGUUGCAAGACAUUCACAUACACAAACAAACACAAACAUUCCCAACCCACUACGAGAGAUCUCAAAACUAGCCAUCCCGUUAUCACACUUCAAUUGGUAUUGAUAUUACAUUUUUCGUAAUUUAUUAUCCCAACUGUCCCAAAGGCUCGAGUUGUUAUUCAGGCUUUUGCAGUGGUCCUUCUCCAUUUUAAGUUGGUAAACCAGUUGUGAAACUAUUUGUUUAAUUGAAAAGGGAUUACCUCCCUUCCAAUUUCUCGCCAUCACUAUUUUACAAGCCAUUAAACAAUGUAUAAUUAAGAAUUGUUCUAUUUUGUUUAGUUUUGGCCACUGACAAUGUAAUAGCAUUAUUUCAGGUUUUAAAAAUAUUUUAACAUCACAUAAUGUAUGAAUAAUAUAUUGAGCCCACUGCCAUACCACAAACACUUUUUUACAUGACCAUCACACAUGGAUGUAGUUCCCUUUUUCCUCUCUACAUUUCCAAUAUUUAGCUUCCGUACCCGUGGCAAAUUUUGAUAUUUUAUUUGGCAUCAUGUACCAUAAGUUGGCUAUCUUAAAAUGUGUUUCUAUUAAUACAAAAGAAUGUACAUGUUUAUUGAUUUUUUUGGAAAGUAGAUGUCCAUUCCUUUAAUUAUAUAUUUGUUUUUAAGUCAAUAUUAAAUUUUUUAAUGGCGGUGGGAAUUUCAAAAUUGUAUAAUUUCUCUAACAAUCUAAAACAUUUAGAGAAUAGCUGCUUUAUUUUAUUCUGAUAUAGAAUUGAUUUUAGUAUGUCAUAUAUCUUGCCCUCUGUAACUAAUACACCCUUGUCUAAAUAAAAUUUAACUCUAAUAUAGGAAAAAAUAUCUUUACCGGGAACCUGAAACUCCUCUACUAGCAUUUGAAAAGGUUUAAUUUUAUUAUCUUUAACCAGGUCUUUUAAUGUGUUAAUUCAGUUUUCUUUCCAUGAUUUUAAGGAAAUGUUCUCCAUAUUGAGUUCUAGUAUUUUUAAGCUUUGAAAGUCAAAUAUUUUGUUGUCUAAAUUAUUUUUUUUCCUUAUUUUUUGCCAUGUUGGAAUAAUCUGUCCUAAAAUAUAUGAUCUAGAUAGGUUAAGUUUUUUUUAUAAUCCAAAUUAGCUCCAAGGGAUCUCUUACUUGGCUCACUUCUAAUUCUGUCCUCAGCCAUACUUCUUCACAUAAUGUAUGAAUAAUAUAUUGAGCCCACUGCCAUACCACAAACACUUUUUUACAUGACCACCACACAUGGAUGUAGUUCCCUUUUUCCUCUCUACAUUUCCAAUAUUUAGCUUCCGUACCCGUGGCAAAUUUUGAUAUUUUAUUUGGCAUCAUGUACCAUAAGUUGGCCAUCUUAAAAUGUGUUUCUAUUAAUACAAAAGAAUGUACAUGUUUAUUGAUUUUUUGGGAAAGUAGAUGUCCAUUCCUUUAAUUAUAUAUUUGUUUUUAAGUCAAUAUAAAAAUUUUUAAUGGCGGUGGGAAUUUCAAAAUUGUAUAAUUUCUCUAACAAUCUUAAACAUUUAGAGAAUAGCUGCUUUAUUUUAUUCUGAUAUAGAAUUGAUUUUAGUAUGUCAUAUAUCUUGCCCUCUGUAACUAAUACACCCUUCUCUAAAUAAAAUUUAACUCUAAUAUAGGAAAAAAUAUCUUUACCGGGAACCUGAAACUCCUCUACUAGCAUUUGAAAAGGUUUAAUUUUAUUCUCUUUAACCAGGUCUUUUAAUGUGUUAAUUCAGUUUUCUUUCCAUGAUUUUAAGGAAAUGUUCUCCAUAUUGAGUUCUAGUAUUUUUAAGCUUUGAAAGUCAAAUAUUUUGUUGUCUAAAUUAUUUUUUUUCCUUAUUUUUUGCCAUGUUGGAAUAAUCUGUCCUAAAAUAUAUGAUCUAGAUAGGUUAAGUUUUUUUUAUAAUCCAAAUUAGCUCCAAGGGAUCUCUUACUUGGCUCACUUCUAAUUCUGUCCUCAGCCAUACUUCUUCUUUGUUUUGUUCUACCUGACUGGCCAUGACGUGCGUGAUGAUCCCUGCUUCAUAGUAUUUUAUUAUAUUUGGAUACCCUAAGCCUCCCUUCUUAAUUCCUCUUGAUAAUACUCCGUUUUUAAUUUUGGUUUUUUUCCCUCGCCAUGCGAAGUUAGAAAAGGCCGCAUUAAUCAUUGUUAGCCAUGAUUUCGGUAUUUCUAAUGGUAGCAUUCUGAACAGAUAGAUCCAAUUUGGUAAGACAUACGAUUUCAGGAUAUUUAUUCUUCCUCCCCAAGAUAUUUCUAGUUUUCUCAAUUCUUUUAUAUUUUUCUUUUUUUCUUUUAAAAGAUCCAUGAAGUUUGUGCGCAUAAUGCUUUUAAUGUUCUUACAAAUUUUAAUUCAUAGGUAUAAGAAUGUUUUAGCAUUAAUAAAACGAUAUUUUUCUUGAUAAGAGUCUAUCUCUUGCUUUGAUAUAUUAAUGUAUAUUGCAGUUGAUUUUGUUUUGUUUAGCUUAUAAUUUGAUACCGCAUUGUAUAGUUCAAUCUCUGUCAUUGCACUUGGUAUCGAAGUUGACGGGUUACUCAAAUAUAAAACAUAGUAUCGCCAGCAUAAAGAGAUAGUUUCGGUUCUUUUUGUUUUGCUAUGAAUCCUUUGAUCUUUGCGUUUUGUCUAAUUCUGUUUGCUAGAACUUCUAAAGUUAGUAUGUACAAUAAAAGGGAUAGAGGGCAUCCUUGUCUGGUCCCAUUAUUUAAUUUGAACCAGUUUGAGCAUAUACCUGGACCAAUUGUUCUCGCCAUAUAAAGCCAAAAUCCAGUUAACGACCAUCCUCGUAUACCAAUUUCUUCUAAAGUGUACUUCAUGAAGUCCCAGCUGACCCUGUCAGAGGCCUUUUCAGCAUCCAAACACAGGAUCAGCAUGGGACUCUCAUUUAGUUGUGCUGUGUCCAAUACGUCUAUCAAUCGUCUGAUAUUAUUGUUUGUCAUUCUAUGCGGAACAAAGCCUGUUUGAUCAGGGAUAAUUAGGUGACUCAUAACUACUUUUACUCUACUGGCUAUAAUGGAGGAAAAUAACUUAAUAUCUACAUUUAUUAACGAUAUUGAUCAAUAGCUUUGGACUCUAGUUGGGUCUUUCCCCGGUUUCAAUAUGGGAAGAAUGUUUGCUUUUAGCAUUUCAUUUGGAAAUCUGUCUUUUUUAACUGCCGUAUUAAAAGGGUUUUUUAGGCAACCUGUCUAUAGCUCUGUUAACCUCUUCCUCCGUGAUCUCUUUAUUUAAAUUAUUCGCUUGAAUUUCUGUUAUUUUAUUCAACUUAGCUGAUUUUUUUUUAAUAUUCUUUAUUUUUGUUUGUGCAUGCAUGGACAAUCUGGUUUGCUACGCCACAACAGCUGUAGCAGACCCUUUAUUAUCAUAAGAACGAGAAAACACAUCAUGGCAUGUUAAAAAAAAAACUGUGCACAUUUUUAGGUAAAUAAAGAGAUUAGCAGGGUUAUCUGGCAAUACAGGUGCUGAAACUUUGUCACGUCAUAAUAAGUGGUUUAAACUUCCCUGUUUGUCUGUAACAGUGUUAUAGGGUAGAGCCCGCAGUGUUACGGCUAAUUGUGCGAACCUAUCAAUAAAAAGAGUGAAUUUACAGACUUAGGCAAUGUCGUUUGAAGUUGUGUGUGAGUGGGGUUCAGUUUAUGACAUCGCAAUCAGAGGGGUUGCGUUGGCACCUUGAGGGUCAUUUGGGCAGUUGGUUUGGGUGAGCUCAGCUUAGCGACCGUUCACACUCGGUGUGCCUGUGUGGGCAAGCUACACGCAGGUGAAUCCCCGUGGCUGUUCCCUCUGGUAUGUGUGCUGUGCGCUGGGGUGAUCUAGAGCAUUCGAGUGGGGUGUUCUAUGAGGGUUCCCUGCGUGCAGGUGAGAUAUUUGUGUCCUGCAUGCCCUGUGUGGGGCUGUGAGUGUCUUAGAAUUAAAUUUAGAACAGAAACAGAAAACGUUAACGAAGCCAACCGUGAACUUGGGUCCAUGUGGGAAUCGGUCCUUUCCCUCACUGGGGAUGGUGUGUGGCUCUAACAAUAAAGGCAACCUGGCAUCGCCCGAGUGUUCAGUUGGUAAUUGAUGCGUAAGUGUCCAUCUGGGUGCCUUGUGGUACAAAUGGGGUGAUGUUGGCUGGGUCCCAUCUGCUGGACGAGGAGACUUGAUCCCUUGUUCCAUGUUGUGUCAAUGCGUCUGCUGGGAUGCCCAAGGUCUGCAGGAGUGCUGCUGCUUCUUGCAUAUUCUGCACAUAGUGGACAGUGUCCCUGUGUUGGAUGUGCAGCUUUCGUGGCGGGCGCCACUGGUAGCGUAUGUCGUGCUCCCGGAGCAGGGUGGUGAACGGCCUCAUCGUUCCUCUCCAUUGAAGGGUGUCUCCCGUGAGGUCCGCAUAAAAAGUAAGGGUCAUAUUUUCCAAAGCGUAGGGGGCUGUCCCCUUGAGUGCCGCUAGUACCAUCUUUCUCCGCACUGCUUCGGAACUUCACCACCAGGUCCCGGGUUGGCAGGAGCUUUCCAUGGUUUGGGUAUGUGGAAGACUACGUUUUUGGCCCGUUUGGGUGUUAGUAGGGAACUCAGUAGCCUCCACAGCAGGUGAGGUAGCUCUUCUGUCGGCACCUCUUCUGGUACUCCCCUUACUUUGAGGUUGUUUCGGCGCCUCUCAUCCUCCAGCAUUGCCAAGCGCAAGUCCGUUAGGCCCUGUUGUUUCUUUAGUUCGGCCAUUUCACCCCGGAGCUCCGUUAUGGAGUGGGUCGCGGCCUCUGCUGAGGUUUCCACUUUGCCCAGGCGGCUCACCAUUCCUUUGAGGUCUGUGCGGAGUAAUGCCACGUCAGCCUGGAUGUUUUUUUGGAGGUCCCCCAGCAUUGCUUUGAGGGUUGCCUCCGUCACUGGUGCUGAGGUCUUUGGGGCCGACCGUGGCUGUGGUGGUUGAGGCAGCCCCACAAUGCUGCCGUCCAGGGACAGGUCCUCCGAGGAGUCAGUCAGUUCUACGAGAUCAGUGGCCAUCUUGGGUCCGCAUGCACCCUGCGCUUGUCGAAACAUUUCCCCUAUAGUCAUGCCCGACCGGGGCUUGUCUGGCUUCUGCUUCUUCGCCUUUCUGCCCAUGGUCAGCUUGGGGUCAGUUUCAGUGUUUUCCACUGAAUUGUGAGGGUCGGAAUUUAGUGUCAAUCAAUAUCGCUCACGGAGCUCGGUUCACAUGCGUCCGUCUUCAGUUCAGUCGCUCGGCUCCGCCUCCAAUUUAGCUGAUUUAAUAUAAUCUUUUAUUAUUUCUGGAGGAGUAAUUUUUGAAAGACUAUAUAAAUUAGCAUAAUACUAAUUGAAGGCUUUCCCUAUAUCUUCCGGAAGAAGGGAGAUGGUAUCGUUAUUUAUUAUUUUAUCAACCUGAUUAAUUGUUUCUUUUUUUAACAUGUUGGACAUUAUUUUGUCAGCUCUGUUGAAAUUAUGAUAAUAUUUAAUUUUAAGUUUGGACAUAUUUAUUCUAAUUUUUUCAGAAGCACAUAUUUUUAAGGGAAAGAAUCUACUGACCCAUCUAUUUUCAUCUUGUUUACGCCAGUGUGUCUCUUAAAACCAUAGCAAUUUGGACUGUUUCCUUUUUCAAAUAGUCUUGAAAAGCACGUCUUUUUUUGUGGGAUAUUUAAUCCUUGAAUGUUUAUCGUUAUCAAUAUAAUAUGUUUAUAUCAUAUAUAUAUAUAUAAUGUGCUUCUUCUUAAGCCACUCCUUCGUUGCCUUGGCUGUGUAUUUUGGGUCAUUGCAAUGCUGGAAUACCCAUCUAUGACCCAUUUCUAAUGCCCUGGCUGUGGGAAGGAGAUUCUCACCCAAGAUUUGACGGGUGAGAAUCCGUUGAUGCUGUGCAGUUGUCGUGUCCCCUUAGCAGAAAAACACCCCCAAAGCAUAAUGUUUCCACCUCCAUGUUUGACGGUGGGGAUGGUGUUCUUGGGGUCAUAGGCAGCAUUCCUCUUCCUCCAAACACAGCGAGUUGAGUUGAUGCCAAAGAGCUUAAUUCUGUUCCACAACACUUUCACCCAGUUCUCCUCUGACUCAUUCAGAUGUUCAAUGGCAAACUUCAGACGGGCCUGUACAUGUGCUUUCUUGAGCAGUGGGACCUUGCGGGAACUGCAGGAUUUCAGUCCUUCACGACGUAGUGUGUUUCCCAUUGUUUUCUUGUUUCCAAUUGUUACUAUGGUCCCAGCUGCCUUGAGAUGAAUAACAAGAUCCCCUGUGUAGUUCUGGGUGGAUUCCUCACCGUUCUCAUGAUCAUUGAAAUUCCACGAGUUGAGAUCUUGCAUGGAGCACCAGACCGAGGGAGACUGACAGUUAUUUUGUGUUUCUUGCAUUUGCGAAUAAUCGCACCAACUGUUGUCACCUUCUCACCAAGCUGCUUUGCGUUGGUCUUGUAGUGCAUUCCAGCCUUGUGUAGGUCUACAAUCUUGUCCCUGACAUCCUUGGACAGCUGUUUGGUCUUGGCCAUGGUGGAGAGUUUGGAAUCUGAUUGAUUGAUUGCUUCUGUGGACAAGUGUCUUUUAUACAGGUAACGAGCCAAGAUUAGGACCACUCCCUUUAAGAGCUCGUUACCUGUAUAAAAGACACAUGGGAACCAGAAAUCUUGCUGAUUGACAUGGGAUUAAAUACUUAUUUCACUCAUUCACAUGUAAAUCAAUUUAUAAGUUUUUUUGACAUACGUUUUUCUGGAUUUUUUUUAUUCUGUCUCUCACUGCUAAAAUAUACCUACCAUUACAAUUAUAGAUUGAUCAUUGCUUUGUCAGUGGACAAAAUCGGCAGGGGAUCAAACACUUUUUUUCCAUCACUAUAUAUAUUUAUAUACACAUAGGUAUAUGACAGACAAUUGCUCACAUGUUUUUGUCUUGCUUUAUUUGUUUUGUGUUUCUGUAGUUUUUAUUUUAGUUUUAUUUAAUAUUUUUGUAUAUUGGUGUUUCAUGACAGUGCUGCCUCAUUUGAUGCAGUCAGAGUAUACAAUAAGAUAGAAAUGUACUAAUAUUUUUUCUUUAUUUUUAAGGUUCCACAAUUUAUGGAAGAAUAAUGGUGGACCCAGUUCAAAACCUUGGAGACUCUUUUAUCUGUAGUAUUGAAAAAGUGUUUCUAUGCUCCGGUGCUGAUGGAUAUGUUCCUAAAUAUGACCCAGAUAGAAAUGAAUAUGGAUGUCUUGCCAGCUCACCUACUUUAAUGUACCAAUUUAAAAUACUGGUAUGUUAUAAAUUACUAUACAAUUAUAUGAAAUGCUAGCAAAACAUAAUGGGGUUUUAGUUCUACAGCUGAAACAUUAUUGGACAUUAUUAAUACUGCAAGUGGCAGCUGAUUUCCAUGGCAAAAACAACUAGAUAGAGGAGGGGAAUUUGUACUGACCAAGGGCCCAUGGAUCUUGUCAAUUAUCAUUACAGCCAUCCACACCUAGACACUGAUUGUUGCAAUGAAAACCACUAGUAACAGGGAAAGAAAUUUAAAAUGUUCCAAGGACGUCAAGCCAAGAUCUGUAUAAGCACUAUCACACUUAGGCAACAUUUUAUUUAAUUUCCCUAACUUUACUUGAGAUACAGACACACUAUACAUAGAGGCCUUUUAUAUGUAUUUUGUGCUUACGGCGAGGCUUUGUUGUGUGGCAGGAUCACUGUGUGUGUGGGGUAAGUGUAGGAGAUAUGUGUGGGGAGGCUGUGUUUUUCUGUCCAGCACCCCACACUAGAACUUUUUAUUUUAUUUUAUUAUUUAGCAGUAGUCUCCCUCAAGCUUGCCUUUUGUGUAGGAUGGAGGGGCUCUGAUAUUAAUUCUCUGGCAGUCCAGUGGGCUCUCUGGUGGUCCGGUUGGCUGUAAGGAAGACCCAUCUGUAUACUCCCUUCUGGUCUUUGACCAGGGGGAGCAUCAAUAGUGAUCUGCACUCAACCAGAGGUGCAGACCUGCAGUAUAGAUCACCCCGACAAACUCCUGCAGUUGCAGUGGGGCUCAGUGGUGCCAACUAUAAUUGUAGUUCUGGCGCUGCUAUCUGGGCGGCUAUUGCAAAUUACAUUUCUCUGCAAUAAACACAUUUAGAUUGCAAUAGUACAAUCAUGUAUACAUGAGUGGUGGAGUGAAGGAGUUAACUGAGGUCAAUCAUUAUUUUAUACAUGUCAAUUUAUACGUGUUUUGAACAUGUUGGGUUAAUUUCUGUGACAAAUUAAAUGACAGGACAAUGAAAUAUUGUGGAAUAUUAUACACAGUUAUAUCCCUCAAAAUGUUUCCUUUAACCCCUUAUGGACCAAACUUCUGGAAUAAAAGGGAAUCAUGACAUGUCACACAUGUCAUGUGUCCUUAAGGGGUUAAAGGGACACUCCAGGAACCCAGACCACUUCUGCCCAUUGGAGUGGUCUGAGUGCCAACUCCCACUACUCUUAACCCUGCAAGCGUAAUUAUUGCAGUUUUUUGUAAACUGCAAUAAUUACAUUGCAGGGUUAACUCCACCUCUAGUGGCUGUCUAUUAGAAAGCCACUAGAGGGCACUUCCUGGUUUCUAGUACAGGAAACCUGUGCUAGAGCGUCGUUGGACAUCUUCACGCUAACCUGUUACUCAAGGUCUGCAGGUUGGCCAGGAUUGCUGCAAGUGUGUCCUGAGUGGCCGUGCAAGCGCCUGAUGGCUGUCCUUGAGAGCUAGUGUCUGGUCUAGGUUCGGGGGCCUGAUUGGUCAAGAGUCUGUAGAGUUCCGCCUUUCUAGCCGUAGCUGGAAAGGGGAUGCCCCUUAGCCUAAGUUCAGCCGUAAUUUUAGGAAUAGUCCAUGCUCUCAAGGACGUAGGAGUAGAGGGGGUGAGAGAUUCGCCUGGAGACUCUGGUCUGAUAGGAAUGAACGGGAUCUUUCCGGCAGACAAUUCGUCGGUGGGGGCUGGUUCUUGAGACAUUCUAGAAAUUAAUUGGUGAAUUAGAUUUAGUAGGGGCGAAGAAAGGGACAGAGGGAAGUAUGAGGGGGGUUUCCUUAGGUAAACUGGACUGUAAGCUAAUGCCGAAGUGAAAAACUUAACUGUGAACUAGUGACAAGUGAGGCCCUGCUAGUGCCGAGUGGCGGUGAAAGGCUCUAUCUAUGAUUUGGUCGAGGGAAGUUUGUUGCCACAGACGUGGUGGCGGGAUGUUGGCCUCUCGAUGACUUUUAAGGAGAUUCAAACGUGUGGCCAUGAAAAGUGAGGCCCUGACUGCAGCCCUGUAGAAGGGCGAAUGAGGCAUCUAACUAUGAUUUGGGAAUGGGGCUGUACCUCCGUGUUGAGGUGGGAGAUGGCCUCGCAGGACCGGAAUUUACUUGGGUGAGCUAGGGCCGGAGCCCAGACCCUGUAAGCCAGUUCACUUGCCUUCUAUGGGUUAAAUGGCAAUUAUGGUGUAAUGAGUGGUUACUAACCUUGAUAGUGGUUAUAACAGGUAACUUGAACCUUCAAGUGUUUUUUAAGUAGAGUGGCUUGGCCGCUGCUGGUAUCGUAGAAGAAGCCUAAGGGUAAGACAGAUGUUAAUGUGUCUCAGUGUAACGUAGGGGCGUAUGCUUAGUAGUAAGGGGUGGCUAUAGGAGCGCAACAUGAGAUCCUGAGGUGAGGGAUCUAAAUGAUUAGUCUGAGACUGGGACGAGUUUAUGCUGUAGAGGAAGGCUGAUUGAGGCCUUGUGAUAGCAAAUGCUAUUAACGAGUAUGAACGCAAAUACCUGGUAAUGUAGCGGGGUACCAGGUUACGUAGGUUGGGUAGGUUCUUGCCUGAAGGCAGUAUGAACGUAGGCCUUUAUUUGUUGUACAAGUACUUGGAUGAGCGUAAGUGUUUUUUUACGGAGAAAACCGGAGGAGGCCUAGAAUAGUGUUGGAGCUAUGGAUAAAAGCCAUCGUAUAUUAUUAAAAUUAGCAAUGGUUAUGACAUUAUAUUUUAAUUAACAAAUUGCGUUUGUGACAAGUUUAGAGUGAAGGCUGUCUGAGGCCUUGACAUGAUUGAAACUGAAGUGAGUAAAUACUAUACCUGAAUUGUAAAUACAAGAACUUGAAUUUGACCACUUUAUGCAGAAAUACAAGACAAACAGGCAAUCUGUGGAGACCAAAGAAAUGUAACAGAGGCUAAAAUUAAUGUCUGCGUAAACUAAAGAGAAAGUAACCGAACGGGAAGUAUAUAUAAAUAUAUGUUUGUUUAGUUCGUAUGAACGAAAAGCUGAUAUUUGCACGAACAAGGGUCGGCAGUUUAGACCGUACGAAACGUAAGUAUAGCCGGCAUUCGUCUAAUUUAGACGCACGAACACGGAAGUGCAUGAACGGGUAAGUAUGAAUGAACAGGUAAUGUAUAAGUAAAAAGGGAGCCUACCCCUACGUUUUAGGCCUGAACGGAGGGAAAUAGCCAAAAGCUAUUUCCCUCGUAAGCUUAUGUGAGCGUGCCAGUCUCGUGACCGGAAGCCAAAUACCGCGACCGAGGAGAAGCCGGGUGGCAGGGCUGCAGAACGGACGGAGGAUUCAGCUGGACACCUCUGCUGCUGGAGACUGGAGCUGUUUGGCGGGAAGCUCGGACCGGAAGUGCUGGUUGCAAUAAACUUUACCGACAGAGGUGAGUAGGGGCUGGGAGUUUAAGUAGGGGACUUACUCCUCCCACAAAUUCAGGCCUAAUGGCCUUUCUACAUAUAUAUAUCUUAAUUCUACAUAUAUAUUUAUGUAAUAUUUUUACAUAAUUAGGUGAUUUUAUUAAUUACCAUUUGAGGGACCUGCCUGAUAACCCAGGCCAAAAGUCCAAAGAAUUUAAUUUGCUAGCACUAUAUUUAACCCUGUAACUUUCCAAGACAUCAUAAAAUGUGUACAUGGGAGGUACUGUUUUACUCGGAAGACUUUACUGAACACAAAUAUUAGUGUUUCAAAACAGUAAAAUGUAUUACAACAAUGAUAUUGUCAGUGAAAGUGAAUUUUUUUGCAUUUUUCACACAUAAAUGGCACUUACACUGACGAUAUAAUUGUUGUGAUACAUUUUACGGUUUUGAAACACUAAUAUUUGUGUUCAGCGAAGUCUCCCAAGUAUAACAGUACCCCUCAUGUAGAGGUUUUAUGGUGUUUUCAAAAGUUACAGAGCCAAAUAUAAGGCUUGCGUUUUAGUUUUUUUCACAUUGAAAAUCGCCAGAUUGGUUACGUUGCCUUUGAGACCGUAUGGUCAGAGGUGGCUAUCUAAUUCGGUGAUAUAGGCGGCCGACUAAGGCCUCGCGCUGAUGGGGGCCUUGCGGCCACCUAAAUCACCUUAGGGCAGACUACCAUGUCCGACACAGACUACCAUGCCCGACACAGGAAAGGGCCCGGUGUUCUAUCAGUCUGCUAUACUCCGUCAGAUUGCUAUACCCCCCGUCACUUCCUGGGAGGGGAAUCAGCUGGAUCCUGUGCUGCACAUGCGUGCUAGCACUCCUGCUACUCCUCCACAGCAAGGUCCUGGAAGGUAAGUAAAACUAGUUUUACACUUUCAUUAUAGUUAGUGCAUUCACUAAGCUUAGGACAUGGGACAUUUAGGGUUAAUGUUAGGGUUCAAAUUAGGGUUAGGAUUAGGGACUUGUUCAUAUUUAGUGAUAUUUCACAUUAGGGGAAUAUCACUAAAUAGUGAUUUCUCACACUUUAUUUUAACCCUUACCCCAAGGAUUAGGGUAAGAAUAGAGUGUGAGAGAGGUUAGAAGCACUUACCUAACGCUAAUUUGUACCCUCACUUAACCCUAAAUGUCCCGUGUGCCUAAGCUUAGUGAAUGCACUAACUAUAAUGAAAGUGUAAAACUAGUUUUACUUACCUUCCAGGACCUUGCUGUGGAGGAGUAGCAGGAGUGCUAGCACGCAUGUGCAGCACAGGAUCCAGCUGAUUGGGGGUAUAGCAAUCUGACGGAGUAUAGCAGACUGAUAGAACACCGGCGGCUUGCCCGUAAUGCCACCAGAUGCGAGGCCCCUCCUGUCAGUGUGCCCAGGAGAGAGCCAGCUGUCAGUCUGCAGCUCCGCUGAGAGUAAGCUGCAGACUGAAGUGUCACGGCAACUGUUACUACCCCCUGUUACUGCCCCUCCAUCCCCUUACCCACUGUCACUGCCCCUCCACCCCUUUACCCCCUGAUACUGCCCCUCCACCCCCUCCCCCCGUUACUACCCUUCCAACUCCAUGUUACUGCCCCUCCAUCCCCCUACCCCCUGUCACUGCCCCUCCGCCCCCUACCCCCUGUUACUACCCACUACCCCUGUCACUGCCCCUCCACCCCCUACCUCCUGUUACUACCCCCCUACCCCCUGUCACUGCCUCUCCACCCCCUACCCCCUGUUACUACUCCCCUACUCCCCUACCUCUUUUUACUGCCUUUCCAUCCCCCAUACCCUCUGUUACUAACCCCUACCCCUGUUAGUGGCCCUCUAUCCCCCUACCCCCUGUAACUAUCCCCUAUCCCCUGUCAGUGCCCCUCCACCCCCUUCACAGUCACAGCAACUCCACCCCCCAACCUGUCACAGACCCUCAAGCCCCCACACCAUGUCACAGCCCCUCCAGCCCCCUUACCCUCUCACAGUCCCCCAACCUUCUCACAGCCCCCCUCCACCCUGUCACAACCCAUCUUACUGGCUGUGGGAUGACAGCCCCCCACCCUCCCACACACUCUGUCACCCAUCCACCCACACCCUGUCACCCCUCCACACACACAGCCUGUCACAGUCCCUCCAUCCCCGUACCCCCUGUUACUGCCCCUCAAUCUCCCCUACCCCCUGCCACAGCUCCUCCAUCCCCCUUACCCUCUCACAGCCCCCUACCAUGUCAGAGCCUUCACACCCACCCUGUCACAGCCACCCACACAUAUUGUCACAGCCCCUGCUACCCUUUCGCAGUCCCCCCACCCUCUCACAGCCCAGCCAACCUGUCACAAUCCCCCCCUACCCUGUCACAACCCACACCUUAUUGGCUGUGGAAUGACAGCCCCGCCCCCACCUCCAACCCACCCUGUCACCCCUUCACCCACACCCUGUCACCUCUCCACACACAUACCCUGACACAGCCCCCCACACACAUACACCCUGUCACAGCCCACCUCCAUACACUGUCACCCCCACACGCACACAUUGUCACCCCCACAUGCACUCAUUGUCACCCCAUACAUAUACACUUUUACCAUUCCCAAACACUUUCACCCCCACACACUGUCACCCCCUUCACCCAGCCACACUCACAUUAAACCCUCCUAAUCCUGUCACUCUCACCCCCUCCAACCAUACCAAACUCAACUGCCCUUGCUUUACCACAAUUAUCCUAUCACAUUAACCACCCUCAAUCCUGUCAGACUCACCUUCUCUUGCACUGUCGCACACAGUUCCCAACCCUGUCACACUCAUCCUCUAACAGUCUGUCCCACUCACCCCCUUCACCCUGCCACACUCACAUAAGCCCCUCCAAUCCCGUCAUCCAACUGUGCCACACUAACCCCAAACCCUGUCACACUCUACCCCCAACCCUGCCACACUCACCCUUCCACAUUAAUCUAAUCCUGCCACAUUAAGCCCCUUAAUCAUGUCACACUCACCUCCCCUUAUUCUGUUACAUUGCCUCCUCCAAACAUGGCACAUUCACCCCAACCCUGUUAUACACCCCCAACUAUACCACAUGAAGCCUGUCACAAUAACCUCCUCCAAUCCUGUCACACUUACUUCCCCAUGCACUGUCACACUCCCUCCUCCAGCCAUGUCACAAUCGUCCCCCUAUCAUUCUCACCCUCCCUCAUCCUGUUACACUCACCCCCCCAACCCUGCCUCAUUUACCCACUUCACCCUGUCACACUCACCCUGCCCUUUACUCACCUUGUCACAGUCACAAACUGAAGACAUUCAUCAUACACACAUGCACAAAGGUCACAGGCAGUCCCCAUAAACACCACACACCGCAAGCAGCUUAGUACAGAACACUGGUGAGACCUCACUUGGAGUAUUGUACGCAGUACUGGAGACUGUAACUUCAGAAGGCUAUUGAUACUUUAGAGAGAGUUCAGAGAAGGGCUAUUAAACUGGUUCAUGGAUUGCGGGAUAAAACUUACCAGGAAAGGUUAAAGGAUCUUAACAUGUAUAGCUUGGAGGAAAGACGAGACGGGGGGAUAUGAUAGAAACAUUUAAAUACAUAAAGGGAAUACACACUGUAAAGGAGGAGACUAUAUUUAAAAGAAGAAAAGCUACUACAACAAGAGGACAUAGUCUUAAAUUAGAGGGACAAAGGUUUAAAAAUAAUAUCAGGAAGCAUUACUUUACUGAGAGGGUAGUGGAUGCAUGGAAUAGCCUUCCAGCUAUAGUGGUAGAGGUUAACACAGUAAAGGAGUUUAAGCAUGCGUGGGAUAGGCAUAAGGCUAUCCUAACUAUAAGAUAAGGCCAGGGACUAAUGGAAGUAUUUAGAAAAUUGGGCAGACUAGAUGGGCCGAAUGGUUCUUAUCUGCCGUCAUAUUCUAUAUUUCUAUUGCAAAUAGGGUAUGUCCUGUCUUUUUUAGUAGCCACUAAGUCACACACACACUGGACAAAAUUGUCGGUCAAAUUAGUUUUUUGCAUUUUUCAUACACAAACAAAUAUUAACACUUACUUUGGCCAGUGUUUGUGACCAAGUUGCUACUAAAAAAGACUGUACAUACCCCAUUUGCAAUACCUUGGGUUGUCUACUAUUGCAAAUGGUAUGUCAUCAUGGAGGUUAUUCUUAUUCCCAGGCUACCAUAUGGUCUCAAAUGCAACGUAACCAAUCUGGCAAGUUUCAAUGUGAAAAAACUGAAAAAUCUAACAUGCUAUAUUUGACACUGUAACUACCCAAAACACCAUUAAAUCUGUACAUCGGGGGUACUGUUUUCCAUGUGAGACAUCGCUAAAUACAAAUAUGUGUACUUUUUUGCAGUUAAAGCAAAUCGUAUUAUGACAUCCACAUUUAAAAUGUCAUGCAGAACUAAAAGAAAUUUCAUAAUUUCUCCCUUUUUUAUAUUUUAUUCAUAUUAAAUUAUGUUUCAUAUCUAAAUAGUUGAUGUUAAAUGAAAGCCCUGUUUCCCCUGAAUAAAAUUAUAUAUAAUAAGUGUGGGUGCACUUAAUACGAAAGAGGUGACUUACGGUUGAACAGACAUAAAGUCAAAUUCCAAGUUUUGUUUACGUUUUAUUUUGAGAAAAACAUGUACAUUUGGCUCCGUCCUUAAGGGGUUAAAUGAGACAGUUGUCUCAAAGUGAUAACAAAAUAAUCGAUUUACGGAGUUAAUUGUUUUUUCAGCCAUGCCCUGCAAGUGUAUACACACAGUUUUAACCAUUGGAAGUGAAAUAGUUGUGCUGACAACAAAGUCAGCACUACCAUUCUAGAGCUCUCCUUUACUCCUUUCCUCUACAGAUUUCCCUGCAUAGCCCUGCAAUACUCAAUGUGUAGUCUGCACCUCUGGCUGGGAGCAGCUCUCUGCAUAGGCUGCUUCCUGGUCAGAUACCGGAAGGGGCAUUAAAAGGGGGCAACGCACAUCCAGAUGUGCAAAUCCCUCUGGCAGCCAACUGGACCACAAGGUAAACCAUUGAACCACCAGGGAAUAAAGACUAGGGCCCUGCAACCCUCCCGCCCCCUCCCCCCCCAGAUGUAAGCAGGAAAUAUCAAAAUAUUAAUUAAAAUGAGAUGCACUGUGUGGGGAGGCUGGAAAGAGAAAUAUGUCCUCUGUAUACACAAUCUACCACUUACCUAUCACAUCACCCCACACACAGUCACAUUGCCACACUCACACACACAGUCACCCUGUUACACUCACUCCCACACACACAGUCACUCAGUCAUACUCACCCUCAUACCCAUCCAGUCACCCUGAUUAACAGACACCCCACUACAGCCAUCAACCGUUAAACCGCAUACACACACAGUCACCCAACAAAGAACUCAACCUCAUCACAAACAAAACACACACAUUAAAACAACAAGCAGCCACAAUACACCGAAGCAUCUACCCCAUACCCUGCACUCCCAGUCAUAGAGGUAUACAUGCUUUCAGAUACAGUGUUACACAGACAUGCAUUCCAAGCACAGUCAAGGAUACACAUAUACACAGAUACUCUCAGAGAUGCACAAGGAUACUUACUGGCAGACACACAAUUCCAGGCACAUAUAUGCUACACAAUAACAGACAUGCACACACAGGUACCUAUACACACUGCCAGAUACACACCGUGAUUUUCUAUCUGCAGCUUUCAAUGUGUGUGCGUCAGUGUGUUUAUAUAUGUGCAUGUAUCGGAGUGUAUAUAUGUGUGUGCACGUGUAUUAGUGUGUCUCCAGAGUGGCAACAUGGCUGUAUUUUGAGGGUGAUAUAGCAUGACAAUAUCAUGGUAAUGAGGCAAAAUAUACAUUAUAAGUGCGGCAACUAAGAACUGUGUGCAUAUGAGAUAAUGUAUACGUGAGAGUAUUAUAGACUGUAUGGGGAAGAAGUCUAUGUUACAUUAGGAGAAAUCGUAUUUAUUUACAACACUGUUUUUUUAUAUGUAACUUCAUUAUUUGUCACAUGAUUUUAAAAUGGCUUUCCAGGACAUCCAAAGUUAUCUGGCAGUGUAUGUUUUUUAAGUCUACUUGACAGGGGAGGGAUUAAUAAAUGUGAACACUGAUUAACCAGAAAUCUUUUGGGUAAUUAACAUUUGAUUCCAGAACAGGAGACAUCUGUUGGGUAUUGACAAAGUUAUUCACUUAAAUGACAAUUGUUAGGAAUUCAGAGUGAAUUAAAAAUUAGACGAAAAAUUUAGACUGUGAGCUAUCACAGGCUAAUGCCCUCCAAUCAGCCAGCACGGUAAAAUACACAUCAGUAUGCAAGGAGAUCACAUUUUAAAAAAGGGCAAGGUAACCAUGAUCCCGUUUGGACAGAGCCAAGUGAAAUGUCCCUUUUUUCAAAACUAUCAUAUAGUGGCUAAGCUCUAUUAACCAGCUUGUCAAAUAGGUGGAGAGUAAGUUAAUACCUUUGUAGGGAUUGAAAAUGUAACUCGCAAUUCCUCCACGCCAUGGGCACACUCAAGCUCCCUAGCCCAUUUACAAGAGGCUCUUGGGAUGCCUCUAACUUCCCCAUCAUAAUACCCCGCCUCCAUACUAAUAGAGGACCAGAGAUGCCCAGUAACCUAGUUUAAUGUAAAUAUUUACACAGCUGAAUAUAAAUUUACCAUUAGAAGGGACAAUUGAUAAUACAUUUAAUAAUGUUCAUUCUGUUGAGACUUCUUUUUGUUGAUAUUUACAUCGACCACGGCAUGGUCUGACGCUGACAUUAUCACCAAUUACAACAUUUCAUAGCCUGUAUUCAGCAACCCAACACCUGCUUUAAAAAUCUGUGUAAAAUUACCAAUCACACCUAGUUUUUUUUUCUCCAGAGUCUUUACUACCACAUUACACCAGCCAGUAGGAGAUUGAGCUAGGAAUUCACAUAUCUCAAGCACAGGCAAAACAUGUUUAUUUUGACUCAUAAAAGUAACACUAAUUUUGUUUUCUAUGAAGGACAAAGCUCAGCCAGAAACUCAAGAAAGGAUGUUUGGAAAUGUCCCAUUUAAUGCCAGAUUAGCUGUCGACGUUCCAGAAGCUCUUCUCCUAUCAAAACAACCAGGCUCAGAUGGAUUUAGUCUCUCAUCUGCUCCUUUAUUCCAAGUAAGUAAACAAAUAGAAAUACAAACAAACCUGUAGAUAGGUAGCAUUGUUAAUAUGUUGGUUUCCAGUAGUAACAUAACAUUAUAUUUUACAUGUAACAUUGAAAACCACUAUUUUAAAGCUACAAAGUUCAGUAAUUUAAAGGGCUGGCUUCACCUAUUUCUAUGGUCUUUGUAGCUUCAGCUUAUAUAAAUAUGUUAUCACUAUAUCUUAAAGUGAAACUUAUUUCUGUGUUUCCUUGUUUACAGGUGGCUUUAGGCCGUGAGUGGUUCAUUCACACCAUUUAUACAGUUCGUUCUAGAGAAAACGCAAACAGAGGCAUUGGAAAGAGAAGUGUGGAAUACCACCAUAUCCUGAGUAGUUCUAACAGUCACCAGGACCAGCUGCUACUGAAGAGAAGCCGCAGGGCGAAUCCAGAGUCUACAGCCCUCACCCAAGACAUUGGGGCUGAAAAGAACAGAGGAACUAACAUUCAGCACAUUACUUUGGAGCAUUCCAGCAAGAGUUCUGGUCGCCAAAAGGAUAUUUUGUCUGCUGGAGGACAGUAUGAAAAGCCAGCCUUGGAAGUCACUGGAUAUGAUUCACAAGGAAACAUACUGCCUCUCAUUGGGGGGACAAGCGCUUUGCUGCUUCUUAUAUGUACUAUAGCUGUUGUUGCUUUGUUGCUGAAACGCAGAGGACAGUCUGAGAAAAAGUCUCCAUCCAGCCACAGCAGUAGCAAUGAAACUAUGACUACCCGCCAUAGUAGCAGCGACAGCUCUGAAGUGUAGCAUAUCCAGCAGAUCUUCAUUCUUGAACACCAUCGAUCUUUGAUUGGUGCUUUUUCAUGCGUUAUCCUGUCAUUUCAUUCAAAGUACUGUCAACUAUUCCCUUCUAGCUGCAUAUUUUAGGUUACUUUCCAAAAGUAUGAGACAGAGAGCUGAGAAGGGUGUUCAACACAUGGGCACCCAAAGAGUUCAUUCCAAUCAGUGAACUAUAUUUGAACAUUUGCUUUAAAAUUUGUCAAAUGUCUUCCAAUUUUUCUCUGCACAAAUGGCCUUAUUUUGCAAGAGUGGAAAAACGGAUUAUAGUUUUCUAAAUGAAUAACACUGUAGGUAUAACUGAACGGCAUCCUUCUUUUUUCAAUCAUAUGUAAACAAUAUUUACUUUUAUAGACUAUUGGGGGAAGUAUUAAACUAAAUAAUUAAUUGUGGUGAACUACUUGGUGAUUUGUAACAUUAUUAGUGAAUAUUUAAUGGUUGAGUUGGAAAAAUUCUCCAAAUUAUUUUUGUAAAUUUCAAAAAUCAAGAUAUAUCUAUGGAUAGGGUAAAAAUACCUACUCAAUAGAUACAAACACCUUUAUUGACACUCCAGUGGUGUCACAUGGGGCUUAACCCCUAUUUGGAACAUCAAAGAAAAUUCACAAAUCUGAAGACGAUACUCCAGAUUUGUAAAUAAUAACUGGAAGUUGAAUUAAAUAAAUAAUAUCAAAAUACGAAAAAUGAAUAAAAUAAAAAAUGUUUGUGAGUACAAUCAAAAAAACAAUCAAUACAAAUAUCUCCCCAGC